UGUGUUGCGAGCAGGGCUCUUAUGAACGUCUUAUUUUUUUGAGGUUAUUCUAAUUAAUGUAUUUUAUUAUCUUAGUUCCCCACAUUAAUUAUUGAGCUAUUCUGUGUAUUGUUGGCUUCUUUAACAUGCCUGCUUAUCAUUAGUAUGGUUUCUGUGCUACAAAAUUUUAAGAAGUGACAGUCACAGUAGCUACUCUUUAUUGGUAGAAAGGACACAGUAGGUACUAGAAGGCACCAUGACUACCCCUGUGCUACUCUUAACCCUACCAGAGUCUUAAGGACUGUAGUACCUUGUCACCCAGACCACUGGGAAAGUAAAUGUACAAAUUGGGUUGUGUCAGGAUUGGCUUAUGACCUUUUCAUAAGCCUGUAUACCCAAGCAACUUGUACUUUUGAAAUACAGCUGUAUUUGGGAUUAUAGGCAUACACUAUCAGAUAUCCAGAUUUAAUUUCACAAGCUGCUAAGAUUGAGCUCAAAUACAUGCAGAUAAGACAUGUGACACCUCAUCUCAUGGCUUCUGCCUGGAAUCACUUUGGCUUUGAGACCUGCCUGUGAGAAUCCUGGGUUGCUUUGGUCUGCUCUUAAUCCUACAGUUGAUUGAAACAGGAACUUACGGCCACCCUGAUACCUGUUGGGGAUCACACAACACAAAAUGUCACCAAACUUGGCUUUUGAAGGUGCUUAGGGAAGACAGAAUAUCUUAAAUUUAGUAAAGUUUUAGGUUUUGGUAUUUUGAAGCAGGUUCUAAUUUGAAAAGCUUAUAAGUUUUUGUGUGAAGUCAUACAAUUCAGGGAGAUAGGGUUUGCCAAGACUGGCUUUUUUUGUUGAUUGGAAUUAAUUUCUCAUGGAUUAGGAAAGUAGAGCACAUCUAUUUUAAAUAUCUUUGUUAGUAGAUGGUGGGCACAAGCAGUGAAUGAUGUCCUACAGGAAUUGCUACAGAUGUUUAAAGGGUUUAUCUGCAGAUUUGCCUAUUUUAAUUUUUUUUUCAGUCAGGGUCUAACUGUAAACCAGGCUAAACUCAAGCUCAGAUCCACCCGCUGGGUACUGAUUUUAAAGGUGUGUGACACCACUGCUGGGCUUAGAUUUUCCUAUAUAAGUGAAAACAAACUGCUUACAGUAGCUGUGGCACGGACUGAGUUACCUGACAGUGGUACUCUUCCAGACGAGCUUCUUGGUUUACUGCUUGAGUUAGAAAUGUUAUAGGGUUUAAAGAAGUAUUUUAUGUAUGUGGAUAUACCUGAAAGAGGGCAUCAGAUCCCAUUACAGAUGACGGUGAGCCACCAUGUGGGUGCCUGGAAUUCAACUCAGAACCUUUGAAAAGUCAGUGCUCUUAACCACUGAGCCAUCUCUCCAACUUCCACGUUUUGUACUUUUAAAGUGAGCACCAGUUAGUGUAGAGAUGUUUGCUUGCUUUUAGAUGCAUGUGUAUGCCAUCUGUAUGUCUGAUACCCAGAGAACCUAGAUGAGGGCCUCAGAUCACUUACAACUGACAGCUGUGAGCCACCGUAUGAGUAAUGGGUGGCCACUGCAAGAGCAGUAAGUGCUCUUAACCACCCCAGUCCCUAAGGUAAGUCAUUGAGCAAGCAAUAGGAAGAAUGAGAUGCCCUGCAGAGAAAUGGGCAUUAGGUAAGCUUGGACAGUUCAGUGAGCUGCAGUGCUGUUGGCUACAAUCUGUGUUGAUACAUUAAAGAUGUCUUGAACUUCACCAGUUGCCACAUACUUACUCUUGAAACAGGUUUUGGUCAUUCAGAAUUGAUGGUGACUGGAAAUACAAGGGUGUUGACACUAUAUCUGGAAGCUACCAUUUUUAUCUAUUUGAUUAUUACUUUAAACUUGCACAGCAUCAUGAUAGAAUUUGAGCUGAUAGCAGUGAAGGCAACUGCUGAUAGGUUGCCAUGGUGCUGUGCUGAUGAAGUGGUACUUUCUCUCCAGUUUAGAUUAACCUGUGAGAUCCUAUGUACUUUGAAUUUCUUACUCAUGAGGUAAAGUGAGGGCCCAGGCUAUGUAAGCACUUAAGGCGAACCUCAACUUAGAACAGGUUUAGAGUAUGUUCUAAAUUGAGCAAAGUAAAAUGAUGGGUUUGGUUUGGACUGGAAGUAAGGUUGUCCAGUGCACUGGCUAGCUACUUCUGCCAGGCUGUGCUGUUUGUACACCUCUAAACAGGCCGGACUAGCCAAGGAGACCCUGAGUAAGCCUGCAGUCAGCCCACCUUAGCACAAUGUCAGUGUCACUGGCUCUGACCUCCCACCCCCACCUUAGGUUUACUCUGCUGAGAAUAGAACCUGUCUGCAUUUAAGCAGCCUCCUAAGGGGGGGCUUUUCUCACUCCAGUCCCUUGGAUACCUUUGAGAUGUGGCUUGUGACUACCUGGUUCUCCAAGUGCUAGGUUGAUGUGGCAAAAAGCCAUAGUGCUGUUACCUGCUGUAGGUUGUGCUUUCACAUUUGGGCAAGUUUGUAUCCCCUACAAGGGUAGGAGAACAUGCAAGCUACUUCAUUGCAGACAAUCCUCCAGGAAAACUUGGGUGGCAUGGAGUAUUAACCUCAAAUUAGCAUUCCUUCUGGUAGUCAAGGGAUUUGUAUUUUCAAACAUACAGAAACAUGUACAUUAUAAAGUACAUGUUAAUGGAUUGAUGUAUUGUUGCUGAUGGAAUUCUAAGUCACACAUGAAUGGCACAUGGGUUUUUGUUUUGUUUCGCUGAAUUACAUUCUGAGUUCUUUAUCAGUCCAUGAAUAAUUUCCGUUUCUCACAUGUAAGUUAGGAGAGGAAUGUACAAGAUGGUAUACUAAGCGUGCAUCCUUUAGAGUUUUGAGCUAAUCUAAUAGAAUUUUGUAUGGGUAACUAGCUUAAAAAUGAUGGUUCUUUUGAUACAUCAUAAUUGGAUCAAUAACAAUCAUGAAGUGAGGACAUAAGCCUGUACUAAGGUGACAGAUUGAGGGCAGUUAGUAUGAGAGAUCUUGAAUCAACUUUUCAGUUUCAUUUUUUGAGACAAGGUCUCUCUGUAGCAGGCUUGGCUAUCCUGGACUUUGUAGACCAGGCUGCCAGUCUCUGCCUCCCUAGUGAGGGUGAGUGCCACCACACCCAGCAUCACUCUACUUGAGUAACGAUGGGAGAAAGUGGUUUGGAUCAACAAUUCUAACUGGUAAUAUUAAAACCAUUAAAUAGAAUUAAUGGAGAGAACUCAUGGCCAGGUGCACAGUAGGUACACAACACAGCUUAGUUUUUGAGACAUGUUCUUGGCUAUCCCAGGACCUACCUGCCUCUGCCUCUUGAGUGCUGGAAAAAAGGUGUGUACCACACCCUGCUCAUUUAAUUCUUAAAGGCAUCCUUUGGGACUGAUUCUGUGGCUACUGCAUAUGGAGGCUUUAACUGGUAAUGGAGUUGGGGUUUGACUUCCCUGAAGCCACACAAGAAGCAUCACACCAGAAAUCUGAGGAACUUGGCCUGCUUUUGCCCUGAAGGAGGACUAACAGGCAAAUAGUGUAUCUUAAAGUUUCAAAUCAUGCUUUCUGAUGGACAUUUUGGGGUAGUCAAGAGGAAUCCUUUGGGAGAAUUAAUGAGUCUCCCUUUUGAAACCCAGCAAAAGCCUGUACAUAUUCCCUAAUUGUCUUUGGAUGGAUUGAAAAAUAUCUCAUUCCUUUGACCCUUUUUUUUUUUAAACCUGUGAGCUUCUAUAACAAUUAGGAUUUCAAACUUCUGAACAUGUUUUUCAGAAUGUAUAAUAAAAUGCCAACUGUCACCCAUGAAGAAAUUGGCAACAAAUGGAAACUGUUGAUGGGGACAGGAAUCUCAGCUCUUCCCUCAUGCUCCUUGGACUUGUUGGGAAGGUGGCGUUGGUCCGCACGUCUCUACAUGCAGCAGUACACAAGCUGCAGUGCAGUGUUUCUGUCCAGUGAGAUCUUGAUGUGCAUAACUUAGGGACAUCACCCGUUCCUUAGCUUUAUUUUCAGGAUUUUUACUACCUAGAUUUAAUUCUACAUAGCUUUUAAUCUGUACUAUUGAGUAUAAAAACUGUUCAUACAUAUGUAUGUGUGAGGCAGUCUCAGUGUAGCCCUGGCCUUCGACAGACUAAGCUGGCCUUUGACUCUCCAGGGCCUUCCUAUUUCUACUUCCAGAGUAGUAGGGUUACAUGUAUGUACACAUGAAUAUCUGGUUUACCAAUUGUGAUUACAAUUUACCAAUGUAAUCACCUGUGAAAAAAGAAAAAAAGACUUAAUAGUGCUUCAAUUGUCCCUUGUUCCUCCCCUCAGUUUAUUAUUCCACCGUACCCCAGAUGAAAACCAGCUCUACCAUAAUUCUUAAACUUGAAAUGAACAACUCCCGUGCUUGGCUUCUGUGGGCUAGUAUGUCUGUCUGCACCAUGUAUAGAGGUAGUGUUGGCUACUUGAGACUAUCGGUGAACACAUGAAAGUAUCCAUUGUCUCGUGUGGAUAAACUUGUGGUUUUAGUUCUUGGCUAUAAAGGUAACAAGCUCGUGAGUGGACAGGAAUCACUGUAAGACAGGCAGAGCGGGGUGUUAGGCUGCAGUUACCAUUGCCACCACAAAUUAUAGUUUGCUGCAUUGCACUGGAACAAGGCCCAGGCCUGGGACAGUGGAACAGAUCACUGCAGGACAAUUAGUGUUUUCAUAUUGAUUGGAUUAUAAAGUUAAAUUUCAUAAAAUGUGUCCUAUUUGUGAAUUAGACCUACACUUGAAUUUCUCCUUUGAGAAUUAACUUGAUGUGGUGUGAUGUGCACAUCUGCACCACUUCACUCUUGGCACCGCCUCUCCAGAGGCCAGGAACGUUGAGUCCUGGGAACUGGAGUUGCAGAUGGUGAGAAGCUCCCCGAGGGUGCAAGGCAUCCAAGCUGACUGCUUUGUGAAAGCAGUCAGGGCUUUUAACUGCUGGGCCACCCCUAAAUUUUAGUUGUUUUUUUUAAGUAAUAUUUUUGAUUCUUUGAAAGUUUCAUAUUGAUGCAUAUCCCUUUGCUACCCCUAACAACUUUGCUUUUCAUCUCCUGUCAAAGGUUAGGAAGGAGAUGUGCCAUUGCAAGAAGAGACAUAUAGUGACAGCAACGACAAGCCAGGGCUUUGCAUGAAAUCUGUCCUGAAUGCUGGGUUCUAGAUGACGGACACUUUAUCCUUGUACAGAAGGCAGACAAGGCAGACCCAUCCCAACAGGGACCCAGGCGGAGGGGUGCGCCAUCACUGCAGCAGAUGCUGUCGUUGCAGGAGUAGUGUUGGGAAUUCUCACAGACUCAGGCUGAACCCUUCCUUUGCUGCUUGUGCAUUUCCAACAAUCUUCUUUCUCUUUAUGGAACUAAGAUUGGACCUAUGGCCACCAUGCUGUCUGUCAACACAGUCUGGCUGAGGUGGGCAGGUUAGCCUCGGUCUCCUGGACAGCUGGGACUACAGCUCUCCACUAGCUUAGUCUAAUAGACACUGCCUCCCCUUUACCCCCUCAUGUCUGCCUGCUUGGGAGAAGGGGGGUUCUUCAUGAGUUGUCUUACACAGGCAGCACAGUUUGGGGAGACAGGAAUUCCACUUUGGUACAACAUGUAGGCUAAUGCCCAGCUUGUUGGUCACUCCAUGUCCUUCGCACCUUAGUCAAUCUAGGACUACUUAAGGAAUUAAGUUGUCUUUCUUACUGGUCCUCAGGUUUUUGUUAGUGUGUUGCUUUUGCUUUUGUGCAAUUGAAAUUUUAUAAAUGUUCUUCAAGUUGGGUUCAUUGUCAUGUCCUUAAAAUUAGAUUCAGGCAAUGGAUUUCCAGCCUACACAGUGGCUGCACCCUUACCUCAGCUAUCAUUUAACUCUUUCUCCCUAAUCAGUUUGUAGAGAAACUCAAAAAAAAAAAAAAAAGUGCAGAAUUAUCAAACUCUCCCUAUGCUUCCAAGUUUCUUCCACCAAACACAGAUAUUUACAUUAUGAUUUGUAGCAGCAGCAAAAUUACAGUUAUGUAGCAAAGUAAUAAUUUAUGGUUAGGGUCAUGGCAAUAUAAAACUGUAUUAAAAAGUCAGAGCAUUGGGAAGGUUGAGAGGCACUGGGCUAAUGGGCAUCUUGCCUCUCACCACAUCUAAGACUUGGGCUGGGUAUUGGCCAUUUAUUUAUAAUGCACGUUAGAGAUGGCUUUCAUUUUGUACUCUGUCUUAACUUGACAUAUGGUGACUUUGCAAAAAGGGACUUUGCUUUGGUUUGUCUUGUGUCUCAGACUGGUCUUGACCUUCACAGUGUCCUUUAUCUCCUUCCAAGUGCCUAAUCUAAGACAGGUUUCCUGAACCUGGAGCUCACUGAGCUAGGCUACCUGACCCCAGGCCUCAGUCUCUGCCUACCCAGCCUAGCGCUGGGAUUGCCCAGUACUCAUGUUAUCUGCUGGCCCCCACUUUAUAAUGUAAAUGCCGGGCUCUGAACACACCCUAACCCUAACCCUAACCCUGAACGCAGAUGCCCACGGUUUGUGCUCUAUCAACUGAGUCAUUUUCCCAGCCCCUGAAUUUUUUUUCUAAAGUCUAGAUCUCCAAACUAUUUGAAGUUGGUUCUUAUGUGUGGUGUGAGGAAUAGAUUUACUUUUUUCUUUUAAUUUUUAAACUAUUUUUAGAUUUACUUAAUUUUAGGUAUAUGAGAACACUGUCACUCUGUUCAGACACACAGAAGAGGGAAUCAGAUCUAAUUACAGAUGGUUGUGAGCCACCAUGUGGUUGCUGGGGAUUGAACUCAGGAUCUCCAGAAGAGCAGUCAGUGCUCUUAACGGCUGAGCCAUCUCUCCAGCCUGGACUCUUGAUUCUUGCUCCACUUGCAGUGCAUGCCUUGAUCAUCGUCAGGCGGUAACAUGCUGAUACCUAACAGGAAAGAUUUCUUCAGAGUGUUUACAUUUUCAAGAGUACUUCCUAGUUUAAUUCAUUUGGUAACUGAAUAUUUCUUGUUAAAUCUCAUUAAUUCUGAAAUAUUAAUACUUACAAAUACUCUGUCGGGCAGCUAGGAGGAGGGUCUCCAAGCCCACGCCCAAAGUGACACACCCACUCCAUCAAGACCACACCUUCUAAUAGUGCCACUCCUGGGCCAAGCGUAUGCAAACCACCACAGUUGGGGACCACUGCUCUGGAGGUUGACAGUCUCAUCCUUUGGUAUCCAUCCUGAGGUGGGUUCUGUUUCCUGACUCUCUUCUGUGCUCUGUGUAACUGUUGGUACAGUUCCUCCUGUGUGGUGGUUAAUAGUAGGAAUGCAAUCGUCUUGGGUCUGAUCAUGCCCAGAGACCUCUGAGGUCUCAGCGUCGAGUGAGGCACGUGAGGUCCACCCACAAUUACUGAUGUGGCCCUGGAUUGAUUCUCAUCACUAACUACAGACUGUGGCAAGUUUUAAUGUGGCACAUCCUCACUUUUUUUUUCUAUUUGAAGAAGCAUAUGGGUUUUUUCACUUUUUCAAGUGAAAAAUAUGUAUAUAAUAUAUGUAUAAAAUUAUGUAUAUGAUUUUCUAUCUGCACGUACAGCUGCAGGCUAAAAGAGGGCAUCGGAUCCCAGUAGAGAUGGUUGUGAGCCACCAUGUGGGUGCUAGGACUUGAACUCAGGACCUCUGGAAGAGCAGCCAUGCUCUUUAGUCACUGAGCCCUCCCUCCAGCCCCUAUGCUGCUUUUCCUGUUGAAACUCUUUCCUCUUGUCUGCCAUUUUUUGUAUCUUUGAUUGUUUGUUGGCUGAAUGGUCUGAGACAUGAACUCAUUCUGUAUCCCCUAGGCUUGAACUCACAAUCUACCUACCCCAGACUUUCGAGUGCUUGAAUUACAAUCAGAGGCUGUGUGGCAGAGGCUGACCUUGGACUUGUGACUUUGUAUUCUGCUCCCAGCAUCAGGCUGCUGCCAUGUAUAACAACACCACCUCUACCCAACACAGAAUAUUGUUAUUAACAUAUGAAUCUUGACAUACAUUUUAUUUUAACCUAAAUUCAUUAUUUUCUUUUUAGGUACUUCAAUUAGAAUAUGUUAAAUAUCCAUAAUUAUGGGCUUUAUCAUGACAUUUUCAUACAUGUGCAUAUGCAUUUUAAUCAUAGUCACUCCUGCUAUGCUCUCAUGUCCCUGUCCGCCAAUUCCUCUCCUCCCCAGUAGUCACCCUCCCUUUGAUUCAAGUCUUUUUUUUAACAACCCCAUGAGUUUCCUUAGGAAACUAGGAGCAUGGGUGAUGGCUUGUGUUCAGAAGUGAGUUUGCCAUCCCUGCAUGCAUGUCCAGGAUCCACGGUGCCUUCUGAAUUCUAAAGGAACCAUCAGCAGUUACUGAUCUUAUUCUGGUUCUUAUCUUUCCUCCCCCCACCCCCGUGUGUGUGUGUGUGUAUAUGUGUGUGUGUGUGUGUGUGUGUGUGUGUGUGUGUGUGUGUGUGUGUGUGUGUGUUGCCUGCAUGCAUUUCUGUGCACCACAUGCAUGCAAUGUAGAAGGCUUGAAGGCACCAGAUCCUCAGGAACUGGAGUGACAGAGUUCUGAGGGGGCUGGGAAUUGAACCCUGGUCCUGUGGCAGGGCAGCAGUGUUCUAACUGCUGAGUCAUUUCUGUGACUGCUCCACCCUUCUCUCAGUUGUUUUUGUUGCUUCUUUUUUGAUAUUUGCAAAUACAUAAAAGUUUAGUAAGCUCUACAGUGCUUUCACAGGCUCUGUCAGCCAUUUUGAAUAAGCAUCAGCACCCUGACAGUUCUUACAUCUGCAUACCCACAACCUGCAUGUGCCAAGAUGGGAAAGCAGUUUCAGAUACUGUCUCUAACGUCAUAUGCUGGCGCAUACAACAUACAGAAUACAUCAUUUUAAUCCCAACUCUUCAGAGGGAGAGGUAGGCAGGCUUCUGUGAGUUUGAGGCCUGGUCUAUAGGACAACCUAAUCAGAAAACCUGAAACCAAAGGAAGAAAAUAAAUUCUAUUUCUUUUUGUUUGUUGUUAGUUUUAUGAGCUGGAGUCUCACCAUGUAGUCCAGGCUGGCCUUGAACUUGUGGAAAUCAGACUCCCAAGUGUUGGGAUGAUAGGCAUGUGCCCAUGCCUAGCUAACCACUUAUUCUUUAAUAUGAAGCUAUCCAGUCAGCACCCGGAUUUCUCCGGUUGUUUGUGUAAGUAUCUGUUGUUCUGUGAAGUGUGUUUGUGUACAGACGUCUCACAACCAUCUGUAAUGGGAUCUGAUGCUCUCUUCUUGUUUGAAGACAGUGACAGAGUAGUCAUGUACAUGAACUAAAUAACUAAAUAAAUAAAUAGCUAAAUAACUAAAUAAAUCUUUAAAAAAAAAAAAGAGUCCUCUUGUUGCAGCCGUCCAAGCAGCUGAGAUUAAACAUAAAUACUGUCAUAGCAGGCUCCAACUUUUUUUUUUCUUUUUCUUUUUUCUUUUUUUCGGAGCUGGGGACCAAACCCAGAGCCUUGCGCUGGCUAGGCAAGUGCUCUACCGCUGAGCUAAAUCCCCAACCUGAGGUUCCAACUUUUAAAACUUGGGCUGACUAUUUAUUGUUGAAAUGUAGUCGUCUGUGUGUCCUGGGUCCAAGCUGCAGGACACAUGUGCUUCGAAUGUUUUCUGUUUCCUGAUUGUGCCCACUCUCUAAAUCGUGACCUCUUGACCUGUGGGUCAUGACCCUAUAUGGGGUAACUGAACAUGGAGACCAUGAAAAUGUGGCAGAAAUGAAAGGUUUUUAAAGUUCAGCAAACAAAGUAACUCAAGCACCCAAUGCCCGGUGGGUCUGAGGUCUUUCUGGCAGUGUGCACCCAAACUGCUCGUGAUGGCUUUGAUGGAUUCUGAGCACACAUGCACAUGUCAGACUCCGAAUGCUGUCCCAGCCUACCCACGGUCCCUGCCAGAAACAGUUUGAAUUAGUUUGAGAUUCCUAUGUGUAUGAAUAGCAGCGUUUUACUGUACAUACAAAGGUUUCUGCUCGUGUAGAAACAUGAUUUAAUUAUGGGAAACAUGGGCCUUGAUUAUGUUUCUCCUGCCACUCUGAAGCUUGUAAGUAUCAGGGAAGUAAGUUUUGGAUUAUAUUGUGUCAGAAUGCUUGGUGUCUAUUUACUUGUUUAUUUUUAGUCCUUUGAGACAGGCUCUUGCUAUGUAGCUCUGGCUGUCCCGGAACUUACUAUGUAGACCAGGCUGGCCUUGAAGUCAGAGUUCUGAUUGCUUCUCUGUCCUGUGUGCUGGGUUUAAAGACAUGUACCACCAUGCCUGGUUUAAGUUUAAAAACUGUCAUUUGAAGUCGGGCAGUGAUGGCACAUGACUUUAAUCCCAGCACUUGGGAGGCAGGGGCAAGUGGAGCUCUGUGAGUUCAAGACCAAGCAGGUCAAAGGUCAAGUUCUAGGAAAGCCAGGACUACACAGAGAAACCCUGUCUCAAAAACAAACAAACAAACAAACAAACAACAAAAAACAAAACAAACAACAACAACAACAAAUUGCCAUUUGAGUUGUCUAUUUGAGCUUCAAUAGAAAAACAAAGACGAAAAAACUGUCAAGUAAAUUUUGGCCUGAAAUCAGGAUUUCCAGCCCUUUCUGCAAUGUCCUGCUACCUUGUACUACAUACAAUCUUAUAUGAAACGGCUUCUCAGUGCUGAUUGUAAAACAUGAUCAACUUCAUAAACACUGAAAUGCUCUGGAACCCGAGAUUUAAUUAAAAAUAAACAAGCAGAUAUAUCUCGUUUUAAAUAGAUAUGCUCAACUUAUGUGUAACACAUAAUUGUUUUAGGAUAAAUUUACGAUUUCUCAGUAAGUGUUGGUUUGUGUGGUUGCUCUAUACACCUGUGUACCCGGGAUCACGCAGCUACUCCUCAGGCGGAAAGGUCACAAGAGGAACAGGUUUUAAGACGUUCUGCUCUAAAUGGUGUCUUUGAAUGAGCAAAAGACUUUCAUUUUAGUAAAACUCAGCAGACUGAUUCUGUACAUGACUCCUGGUAUAUUCUGUCAGGACUCGGCAUGGUAGGAGUGUUACACUUAAUAGGAAAAAAUGCCAGUGAAGGUUAGUGUCAAGCAGUGCAAACCUGGGGUUAGCAUAGUCACAGCUAUCAAGGCUCUGUCUGUCGCUCUCCAAUGGUUAAAGCGCUUCUGAAAAAUCAACUAAAAGUAAGUAGAAAGAUUCUUGUAACUGGAGGUGGGGCCUGAUAGCAGGGAAUUAAAAACAAAUUAAAAUUCAAACAUGCCUGGUAUCCUGAAGAGUAAUUUUAACAUUACCUUUUUUUUAACCGAUUAAAAAUAUUUAAAAAUAUUACGUGUAUGAGUUCUGUGCCUGCAGAUAGUAUGUGUACCACAUGUGUGCGUGGUACAGAGCCCCUGAAACUGAAGUCACAGGUGGUGGUGAGCCGGCUUGUGAGUGCUGGGAACUCAACUUGCAAGAAAACUACUAGACCUUAACAGCUGAGCCCCCCCAACACACACACCCAGCUUCUUCAUUAUGUGCAUGCUUGUGCCUAUGUGGGGCAUGUGUAAGCCAGUGCAGUGCCUGUGGAGUCCAGCGGGGGUGGGGGGAGUAGGGGGUGAGGGAUAGGAGUGGGGGAUAGGGAGGUGGGGAUUGUAGGUGGGGGGGUGGGGAGGUGGGGAGUGGGGAGUAGGGUGUGUGUGUGUCAGAUCACAUGAGUCUAGAGCUGCACUAAGCUGCUGCCCAGUAGGGAUGCUGAAAACUGAACUUGGGUACAAGAGCAGAGUAUGCUCUUAACCUCUGAGCCAGCCCUCCAGCUCCCUGACUUUUUAAAGGAGAGCUUUAAGACGGUCAGAUCCAAACAACCAUGCUCACAUCCAAGCCUCAAGCCCCCUGUGACAGAAUCGAAAUGUUCUGCUCUAGUGCCGAGUGGUGACGUUUCUAAAGUUUAUUUUUUUUAUUUGAAACUCUCACAAAAGGUAUUAAAGAAAUUAAAGAAUAUAGUAUAAAGAAUUUAGUUUUAAAUCCAUUUGAGAGUGAGUCACCAGCCUCAUGCCUCAUGCCCUGAGCACUGAGGAAAGGUGGUCUGCCAGAUGAUGUGACCUCUCUGCCCUCAGACCCCUUAAUGUCCCUGGCUGUCCUGGUAAUGUCCUAUACAGCGAGAGACCUAGUUCAGAACUGACAGCCAUUCCGUUGUUGUGACUCUUUGUCUCAUUUAGUUUGCAAGCAUGCUCCAGUCUCCCCUUGACACUUCUGAACAUCAAGGAGUGGUCGGCCAUUCUGUGGAGUAACCCUUAUUUCCAGCUCCCCUGGGGUUUUCUUACUGUCGAACUGUGACAGUUUAUGGAUGGUUUCAUGGGAGCAUCACAGGUCUUAGGCUGAAUUCUCCUCAUUGGGUCGUCGGUUCUCAAGUGGUCUUACAUUGUUCUACUGCUGAGGACACGUGAUUUGAAUACUGAAGCCGCCAUCCACCAAGGUAAAACUGUGGCCUUCUCCGAAAUCAAUGGAUGCUUCUUAGGAAGUAAUUUGUAACAAGGCAGACACUUGGUUCAAAUAAGCAUUGUAUUCAUCAGCUUGUCUGUAAGGAUUCAUGGCUCCCCGGUUUAUUUAUUUUAUAUUUUUCUCAAUGAGUUAUCAUCUGUUACUUCCAUUAAAAAAUUCCCAUCUCAGGCCUGCCUUCCCCACAUGCUUGUGCCAUGGGUCUGCACCCGUCAAGGAGCAGAGGAGUGCGGCUAGAGCCAGCGGAACCCAUCUGCAGUUUUGUCCAACAUCCAGGUGAGUCAGAGGCUCUUCAGGAUUUGUGAAGAAGCCCUGCCCCUUACUGAGUGACCUCAGCAGCUAUGGGGGGGUCCCAGCCUGUGCAGCUGACUGCAGAGGAGGAUGGGAGCUGAGAUUAGCCUCCUUCCUUGAGUUUCAGAACAGUUCUUCCAGUCUCUCAUUGCCUAGAAUUUAGUCACAUGAUUAAUGCAGGGAAUCUAGGUCCGCUCUGUUAGUGGAGGGGUUCGAGAAGAGUUCACUCUGUAGCCCAGGCUGGCCUAGAGCUCACUAAAUAGCUUAGGCUGGCUUUGAACUUCUAGUGAUCCUCCUGCCUCAGCCAAAUUUGGGAUUGCGGGCCUGAGAACUUGGUGGCAAUCUGGUUUCUUAGUGGGGCUCAUUGCCCUGUGGUCUGUCUCUAUGGACAACAUAGGUGAUAGCUACUGAUACUUUACAAGUGUCCCUGUCCUUUGGCUUUAUUUGGUGGUGGUCCAUGUAUCUCCUCGGCACACUGGCAAAUUGCUGGUAGCAGCAGCCAGCUCCAGGCAAGGAGAACAUCAAGGAGAAAGAUCCCUGAUCAGGUGUCCCUUCUAUGCAACCACAACUCCUACCUGGCGCCAUCGUGAAGCUAGGGCAAGAAUUCAAAGAACAGCAUGAUGGGAUCAACAGCUUGGAAGCACAGUGGAGUGUCAGAGUUCAGAGUCAAGUCCCGGCACCAGCCACUGCUAUCCUGUAGGGUUAUAGGAAGUUGUUGCCUCUACAAUUCUCAGUGCCAGGCAACCAUGUAGAGUGACCUUCCCAGGUUGUCACCAAGACAUAAUGGAAAUUGACAAUUAUACCAAAUUUGACAGUCCCAUUGAGCAUCAACUCCUCAGUAGAGCAGGGCCCUGAGCAGGGGCAGACUCUCCUCCAGGAGCUGACAGCCAGAUCUAUGUUGGACUUGGGCCAGGGACCUGAUCUGCAGGAAGUGUGACAACCAUGACUCUAAGUGCUGUCAGCCUAACACUCUAAGCCCAGUGUUUCACCAGCUUAGCAAAGAGCAGAGGCUGUUUCUGCUGUGCACCUCUGUGAGGCCAGCUCCCAAGGCUCUCCUGAUUCACCAUGGCUUUAUGAGUCCAUCUUUGAUUUGCUAUUGUUUUGUGGAUGCAUCUUUCCUUGCCUGAGAUGGCCUCUGCUUCUUGACUAAUCAUUUUUAUUUUUAGAACAGAAAAACAAACCAACCCAAACCAAAAACCCACAAACAAACUGCCACGAUGUUUAAAGCAUUCACCCUUGUUUGCAUGCUCUCUGAGAUAAAAGCCUGCAGCCAGUAUGGUCACACAGAACACAGCAUUGUGUUGUCUCAGACAAACAUCCGGGUAAUCUGGCCACUUUUACUGGUUUGCCCGAGUACCCAGGGGAUCUUGAAAGACCAGUUCUUGCUGUGUUCAUUUCCUCCUUGACUUAGCAUUGAACUUUAGAAUGCUAAUGUGUUUGCCAAAGGCUUCUAGAAAUAUGUAAGAUAUACGGAGAAUUCUUCUUCUUCUUCAGAUCCAGGACUCUAUGACAUCAGAGUAAGCACUUAGAGAAUGCCAAGAGUGUGUGCAUGUUUGUGUCUGUUUAGUCAGAAUGGAGACGAAAUGCUCCACCCUGGCCCACUUGAGCUUCUCUGCCUCUUGACAGCUUGGCUGACGCUGUUGGCACCAAACCCCCUACCUUUUCCACUCUAGCUGAGGCCAAGAUGUGGUGCUAGAGGCCAUCUUGGAUCCCGUUAGUGCCUGUGCACCUGUGUGCCCCCAGCACACCUCACUUAGGGCAUUGCUUAUCUUGGCGCCUUGCCUGAUGGCACUCAAGGGUGUGGUAAAUGAGGUCUUGUUGGUUUCCUCAGUGGCUCCUCAUCUAUACUGUCUCUGCCGUGGACUCUGACAACUGCGUCUGGGGUCUGGAUCCCUCUUCUCUUUAGGAAAAUUUCCCCAACUUCAAGAGAACCUAGUGGAUUUGAUAAGUCACAGUGCCUGGCCAUUCUCUGGGGGUGACAGUGUGACCCAUCCAGGUGAUGUUAGUCCUGUAUCCCUCUGGGAGGUGUGAAGCCACCUGGAGAGUUUGAUGUCAUCCUGAUGGCAGCCUCUCCCCUGCUUGUCCCAGCCAAGCUUCAAGGUCCAUCCAUUCUAGACUUCUUGACCUCUUUGUCCUGUUUGCCUCCCAUCCCUCUGGGCCCAGGGACUGACAUUUCUCUCCUGAACAUCUGUAUAGUCUCCAGUGUUCAGUGUCCUAUGGCUAGAGUUAAGGGACAAGUGUGAUUCUGUCACCCUUUGGCUUCCGUGACUUAGGGGAAAGGCAAGAGUCCUCACAAGCCCUGUGGACUGCUCUCUCCACUCCUCCCUACUUUCUUCUUUCCUCUUCUUUCUGCUUUCUUCUGGUUCUUUCUGCUCAAGCCCUUUGCAGCUCCAGGCCACAGUUGCUGCUUUAUCUACAAGUAAACCUUCAAGCAGAAAACCUUCCUCAGCUUUUUGCCCGGAGACUAUUUUUGAUAUCAGUUCUAAUUUCCCUGACCCCUAUGUCCAGUCUGCCACAGAUCAGUUCAUAGUGGCUGGCCAAUUGACUUAUAAUUAUGAACUCUAAGGCUGGGUGUAUGUCUACUUUUCUCUUGCUGUGACAAAACACCAUGACCAAGUAAACUAUAAAACAAAGCAUUUAGUUGGGCUUCCCGUUUUGGAAAGUUAGAGACCAUGAUGGUGGACAAUAGGCCUUCCAUCAGGAACAGCUGAGCGCUCACAUCUUGAGCCACUAAGUAGAAAGCAGAGAGUGCACACUCGGAAUGGUUGAGUCUUUUGAAACCACGAAACCUGUCCCCAUGACACAACUCCUUCAACAAGGCCACACCUUCUAAUCCUUCCCAAACAGUUCUAUCACUGGGGACCAAGUAUUCAAACUUAAGAACCUAUGGGGGCCAUUCUCAUUCAAACUACCACACAGUAUCACUUUUGUUAAUAUUUGUUGAAUGUGCUGGAGAGAUGAUGGAUCAGCUGUUGAAAACUAGGCUCACAAUCAAAAGUAUAAAAUAUAUGUUAAUGGACACUGAAUGCUUUGGUCUAAGCAUCCGACACAGGCCUGGCUAACAGAGGCUUUCCAUCAUUUCCCAGAUUUAAGGUGUGAGGAAUCCUUCCACCUGCACUGGUACAGGUGUCUACCUGCCAUGCCUUCUGUAAUUACCCUCUGCACAGUGAAUCCUGGACAGUGCAAACAGGGUCCUGUGGCAUGAGGUCCCUCACUUUAUGAGCAUCUGUGGCUCUUCCUUCAAUUCUCAAAGCUCUUAUCCCCCAGCCCCCUCCACCCCCACGCACGAGGCUGUUCCUGGAGGUAAAAGCCUAGAUAUCUUUUGUCUGAACACCUGAGUUGGAGUUCUGUAAGCUGUGACAUGAAACUCCUCAACUAAGGGAGUUAACAGCGAUCUGGGUCUGGAGACUUGUGGCAUUAGGUUAGGCCAUGAACACAGCUGCAAUUGCUGUCACUACAGGAGGGGGCCUUUUGUGUUUGCUACCUGCUCUAGGCGUUUGGGGUAUGGGUAAAGGUUUUACCAGAAUACACUCUUCACAAUCGGUUCCACUUUCAGCCAUCUGUGUGUUCAUGCACCUAACAUGCCCCGUGCACCCACUGUGAACAACAUUCACACUACAGGGAACUCAGCGCUAACGAGAGUCAGGCCCCUUAAAAGGUCUACAGGAUACUUCGUUGGGAAGUGUGAGGUGGACAUAAACAGGACAGGGAGUGCUCAGAACCCCUGGUGCUAAAGGCAGAAAGGCUGGACACAGGUGGAGGCGGCAAGAGGACAGGUGCGUGGGCUUGGGGCAGAGAUCCAAGCGCGACCUCUGGCUCCACUGCUCCCUCCGCUCAGCCCUUCUGGGUGUUUGCCACUGCAAACAAUGCUAAGGACACCCCCGCGGGUUAAAGGGAAGAUCCGUGUGGAUAGGGUGCAUAAGCUGUCCAGGAGACAGGCAGUCAACCAAUUGAACUAAAUGUUGUCAUGUGCCCUGGGUGGUACUAUGAGGGCGACCUGAGAGAUCUUUCACCUAAAAUCACACUCUCUUCCCCCUUGGAAGCCAUCGUAGUUGAAUGACCAACCUCUGGAAUUGGUUUUAGGAUUUCUGGAAGACCCAUGUUGAAGGGCAAUUGUACCACUUGGAGGUGGAGCCAGUACAGCGAGCCAUUAUCAAGAACUAGUCCAAUCAGAAUAGGCCUGGUGGCACCGGCCUGCCGUCCCAGUUCCUCAGUAGACAGGCACAAGGUGCACAAGUCAAAGGCCUGCUUGAAUAACAUAUUGAGCCCUGUGUUAAAACAAGUAAAAUUUAAAGAUAGGUAGAUAGAGAGAGAGAUAGAUGGACAGACAGACAGAUAGAUGGGUAGAUAGGUAGGUAGGUAGGUAGGUAGAGGGCUGGAAUGGCUGGGGAGGUGUCUCAAAUAUUGAGUGUUUACUGUGCAUAUAUGAGGGCCUGAGUUUGGAUCCCAGCACUAACGUGAAAGUCUGGGGUGCUGUGUGUGUGAAAUUCCCAUCCCUGGGAGAGCUGAAAUGGAAGGAUCCCUGGGGACUUCCUGGACAGCUGUUCUAGCCAUUCACUGAGCUCAAGACCAGUCAAAGACCCUCUUCUCUAUAGAAGAAGGUAUCUGAUGUCAAACUUUGUCCUACACACACACACACACACACACACACACACACACACACCACAUAUACAUGGAUACACAUACACACACAGCCUAGAGACAUGCUCAGUGCUACAGCAUUUGCCCAGGCCCUGGGUAUAAUCCCCAAUAUUGAAAGAAAAGAAAACCCAUCAGUUUAAUUUAUCAGCAAAGACUGGACUUGAAGAACUAGACACUGCUGUAUCUGUGCGAAGUACUUUUUAUUCCCACUUGACUGUGGACUACUGACCUAAGUAAGCUCUUGGUGGCUCCUCCUGACUCUCUUUCCCUCGGCAGUGUUUGGGCAAGGGCAUUGCACACAAAGGACAACUUCUGGGCAAGAGGGAGUCAGAACCGAGGCGUGUUUGGCUGUUAGCCAGGGUCCAUCCUGAGAGGAAGAACCGGAAGGAGAAGUGUUCUUUCCAUUAGGAGCGAGAUUCCUACAAAGCCUGAAGCAGUGUGAACGCUGAGCCGCUUGUAGUAGUCCACAGGGGGGCGCCAUGUGCCAAUCUGUCACCUAUGAGAUGGUGCUGCCUGCCAGGAGGCAGAAGUUCACAGAGACCAGUGUUGGUGCCGCUGCUUGCCGCAGAGGGAGCCCUGCCUGGCUUUCUGGUCCCUGCUCUCUCCUGAUCUAAAAGUAAGGAUCAGCCAUCCAGCGGCAUCAGGAACUCCCAGGAAGCUCUGACAACUGCCCACUCCUCAGGGCUGCCCCUGGGAGGACCUGGUCAGAAGGCCAGGACAGGGCAGAGCAGCUAGGGGUCUGAUGGCGACAGUUCUAUGGGGCUGUUAUUUGCAUAGGUUGUAACUCACCCAUUAAAGUCACAGUUCGCUGGGGUUGCUGAGCAGACUCGUAGUUAUAUAAACACCACCCCAGCCAAUUUCCGAACAUUUUAGCAUCCUUCAAAAAACCCUCCGGGCCUGUGUCCUCACUCCCCCAAACCCCACUCCCAGGCAACAGGGCUCUUAUUUCUGAGACUGUAGCGUCACCUGCCCUGGAGACUCAGACACACAAAGUAAUGAAUUCAGUGCCCUUGCUUCUGGCUUGCCACCCUGUUUUGCAAGCUUUAUCGCUGUGGCACAUGUUUUAAACAAGAGAAUUCUAUUUCACUGUGUGGUCAUCCAUGCUUUGUUCAUUGGGUUAUUAUUUGAUGGUUUCAGGUUUUUCUGUGUUCUAACUUAUUGUGAAGGAUGCUGUUAUGACUGUUCUUUUUGAGAAUAAUCAUUUAUUCUUUUUCUUUCUUUCUUUUUAUUUAUCCUUGUAUGUGGGUGUGGAGGUCAGGGAACAACUUCGCAGAGAUGUUCUUUCUUUCCAACUUUCUGUGGGUUCUAGGGAUUGAACUGUGCUACCACUGAAUGAGCUCACCAACCUUUCCUAUACAUGCUCUUAUAGGGACAAGAUUUAUUUAUUUAUUGUAUUUGUAUGUAGUGUGCUUGUGUGUGCCUCUGUGUGUGUGUGUAUGUGUGUAUGUGUGUGUGUGUGUGUGUGUGUGUGUGUGUGUGUGUGUGUAAACCAAAGGUUGCCGCCCACUAUCUUUCCCUGACCAUCUUUAUUUUUGAGACAGUCUCUCAGUGAGCCUGAAGCUACACUGGCUGGUGUGAGCUUUAGAGACCACCUCUCUGAACCCACAGUGCUGGGGUGACAGGAGUGUGUCACUAUGCCUUGCUUUCAGGCUGGCUCCUGGGAACAGAGUUCAGAGCUUCAGGCUUGCAAGGCAGACACACUUUACUGACUGAGGAUUGCCCCCAGUGCAGCAAGACUUUAAAGUCUUCUCCUGGAUGAAUGGCUUUCUUUUUUUCCUCUAAUAGACAUUUGGCAAUGUAGGGAGAGUUUCUGGUUGUUCAGAAGCUGCUAGUGGCAAACCGGUUGAAUCUGAGGAAGCUGCUAAAUGUCCUUAAGUGCCACUCCUGUGAACAUAGCUAACAUGCCAAGGAGAGCGUUUCUACCUUAGGGGGCAGGCAUUCCUCAGAGAGGGUUGGGAGACUCCAUGGCUUCAUUCCCUCUUCCUUCCUGGAACUGUAUCCACAUGAUCUCAGACUUCUACAAGCCAUCCUGGGCCGUGAGAUGGAGCAGGGAGUACAGGCAUCUACUGGUAGGCCUGACGAUGUAAGUUCGAUCCUCGGGGCCCCACAUGGUGGAAGGAGAGAACGGAUUCAUGAAACUUAACCUCUGACUCCCACAGAUGUGUACCCCAAAUAAAAGAAAAGCUACCUUUACUUUCAAAACCUUUUUCAAAGAAGUGAGAGAGAGCCAUUCCCAUUUCAUAGACCUCUCCAGGCUGAGGCUGGGCGUGCUAGAGCUUUCAAACACAGGGCCUGCCUAGCGCUGGGGACUCAGAAACCACUUGAGGAGCCUUUACAUCUGCAAGCAUGUCACGAUCACCUGGAGGUGAGCGGCCAGCCAGCCAGAUCCCUCACGUUGUCCCGGAUGGCUCUUUCUCCUCAGUACUCGAAAUCAACAUCUCCAGGGUAGAGAAUUACUCAAGACUGAGAGGGGAGGAUGCUGCUGGGUCCAGGAAUCGGGGUUGGUCCAUUUACUCAUCUGCUAAUGCAGACACAAGCUUAGGCCAUCCCUUCUCCCUUCACAGGAGAGCAGCAGUCCGUGAAAUCUUUUGGACGAGAGGGUGAGAGCACUGAACAUCCAAGUCGGUUGGUUGUGAAUCUGUAGUUGGCUGCCCCUGGUGGUGGAACCUGAAGGGUGAUGUUUAUGCUGCAGCUUUCUCACCUGAAAAUGGAUCUAUCAGUGACAGUCACUGCUGUCCCUGUGACUUGGCUGUGCAGGUCUGUACUCCCAACUACUUAGAAGGCUAAGGCAGGUAAUACAGAGGUUCACUGUCAGGGCUAGUGAGAUGCUCGGCAGAUAAAAGCCCUUGCUGCUCAGCCUGAUGACCUGAGUUUGAACCCCAGAAUCCAUGUCAAAAAGCCAAAGAUGUUGGCAUAUUUUGGCAUCUGUAAUUCUAGUUCUCCUGCAGCAGGGUGGGAGGCAGAGACAAGGGAGUCGCUAGAAGUUCUGGGGCCAUUUUGCCUGGAGUGUGCAUCAACACAGAACAGGAGGGAUCCUGUCUCCACAAGGCUGAAGGAGAGAGAUGGCUCCAGAAAUCUGUGCUCUGACUUCCACAUGUCCACUCGUGACAUCUGAAUGCCUCCCUGGACACAUGUUCUGGUAAGAAUAAAUAAAAGUUGCUUAAAGUCUAAGUUUAAAGUACAUAGAAAGCUCAAGUCCAGUCUGAGUAACUUAGAGGAGCUCUUUCUCAAAAACACCAAGAGCUAGAGAUGACUCAGUGGUUAAGAGCACCGGCUACUCUCACAGAGGACCAGGGUUAGAUUGUAGCAUCCACGGAGCAGCUCACAACAGCCUGUAACUCUAGUUUGAGGGAAAUCACAAGCCAUCUUCACAGUGGUGCAGACAUAGAGGCAGGCAAAACACCCAUACAUACAUACAUACAUACAUACAUACAUACAUACAUACAUACACACACACACACGCACGCACGCGCACACACACACACACGCACACACACACGCACACACACACGCACACACACACGCACACACACACGCACACACACAUGCACACACACCUACCACUGGACUGUUUCAACCUGCCAGCUUCUAACAAUGGCACAGAGAUUCAUAUUUAUUCAUAAGUUUAGGCCUCAUCACUAGGCUCUUCCCAAGUAGCUGUGUAACUUAAGCUGCUUAUUGUACUCUGUGUCUGCCAUGUGGCCCAUUAUCUCUCCCGUUCCUUCCUCCCUCCCUGUCUGGGUAGUGAAUCCCUAGUGCCUAAUUCUUUCCACAAUCCAUGUCCUUGUCUGGAAGUUCCACCUUCUCUUUCCUGUCCUGCCAUUAGCUCUUUAUUAAAGCCAAUCAGAGAAUGCCUUAAGCAGGUGAGGAAGGACAGAGACACAUCUUCACACAGUGUACACCUUCACCCAACACAUAUACACAAACUGUAAAAUAAAAUAUUUUAUUUUAAAAAGCAAACAAAUCCUUAAGGGCUGGGCUUAUAUCUCAGCAAUAAAAUGUUUGCUGGACUGGGGCAGAGUUCUGGGUUCAAUCCCCAGUACAACAGGAAGCAGAAGUUAACCAGCUUGGUGGAGAGAGUGGAGGUUGUGUACGCCUAGGGCUGCCCAGCCGGCUAUGGUCACAAUGUCUUUGUUACUUAUUUGGUGAUGUUUUUUGUUUCUUAACACAGGAAUAAUCAAUGUUAAAAACACGGAAAUCUCAAAACUGAGACCUUUCUGAGUGGAGGGUCAUUUCUUAGUGGUAUGCCAAUGUGAUGUCUGUUGGUUCAUUUGGAGGCAGUUUUGUGCCCAGUAUUCGGGAAACAGUUUAACCCACUGUUAAAUUCCAUGAUCUGGUAUGAGGAAACAAAAAUGAAGUCAGUGAAGGGCAAGAACCAAGGGUAUGAGGAGGGCAUGACAGAGUGCUUGGUAGACAUUGCUAAGAAACUGACAUUUGUUUGAGACCUAAAGAAAGUGAAGGAUGGGGCAGGAGGGUGCGGUUGGAGCUCAGUGAGUAGAAAGCUUUCUGACGUUCACGAAGCCUUGGGUUUGAACCCCAGCACCAUACAGACUGGAAUAGUGAAUCGGAAGCUCAAGGACAUCCUUGGCUACACCGUGUAUUUGGGGUAUCCUCAGCUACAUGAGACCCUACUUAAAACAAAUUAGGUAAAGGAUGGGUCAUGUGGCCAUCAAGGGAAAGAACAUUCUGGUUGGAAACAGCAGGAGCUAAGGAGAUCAGAAAAGCAAGAGGUCAUUUGAGGCCUGAGACCGGGGCAGCAGCAUGGCCUGCUUUAAGGGGAAAAUGGGGCUGUGAGCAGAGCCAGUCUAGAGUCUGCUAAUGCGGGUAAGGGAGACAGUGGGCAGAUCAGUGUGGAAGGAGGAGGAAAAGCAUUGCUCUCCGCACACACAAAGUCUGUGUUGUCAGAUUUGACCCAGGGUGGGAGAGGCGGCAGAAUCUAAGCUGUCCCCAAAGAAAACAUCAUAACAUCCACAACCUGGUCAAGUCUGCCAACACCUUAAGCCAUGUUCAUGAUCAAAUGUAUUUGAUUUUAAGCACUGCUAAUGUGACUGUGAAUCGUUAAUCUGCUUUGAGCUCUUGGCAGGUGAUUGUGCUUCUAGCCACCAGCCAGAGUUCUCUGGAUUCUUGAAUGAAAGACACACAGACACAGACAGACACAGACACAGACAGACACACACAGACACACAGACACAGACACACACACGCUUAUGCCAUGACUAGCUCAAUGGCUGGGCGCUUCUAAACCUUCCUGUGGCUAGCACACACUUCCCCCCUGAAUUCCCAAGUUAUGCUCCAAAUCUAUAUCUAAUCUUUGCCACCUGGUUUUCCUUCCGGACAGCCCUCCCAUGGGCUGCUUUCCUACAUUGCUGGAUGAUUUCUCUCCAGAAGUUCUUACAUUUGACUGCUCUGCUUCCUCAUCAUGGCAAUUCUGUUCCUUCCCUCCUCUGUGAUUCUGCCUGGGAAUCCUAGAAGACCCUCCUCUUUCACCCUGCCAACCACUGGCCACUAGCGUUUUACUGAUCAAUCAAAAACCAGUUGGAGACAGGGACCCUCAGUGUCUGGAUGAGUAGAUUCCCAUGUGAUUUUAGGAGCAGAAUUAGGACAAAGCAUUAGAACCAGUCCCCAACAUCUAAUGCUAAACUAAUGAAUAAAACCCUUCCCCAACACUUAAACAGCUGCAAAAUAGCUAAUGAAUUAAGUUCUACAGUAGCUUGCCAGCUAUGCAAAUGUUACAUUUUCUUUAACAAACUAAGCUAUAUCCUGAUUACUCCUUUACACACUGACCAUGGGACCACAGAUCUCAUAUAUUGCACACUAGACCCACCAUGUUAUUUUUGUGUGUCAUACACAUCAUGGAUAUCAGUUGAUAAGUAUUCUGUAGACUAAUUCUAAACUUAACACUACAUAUUAACACAAUUGGCACAGCUUUGGACUCUGAGCCCAGAAGUUUCUGGGCAAAGUCACAUCCAUAGGGGUUGUGUGGUAUCACUAUCUGGGCAAAUGGGGGUGUGCGGGCAUUGGUGUGUGAAAGAUGGCUACUAUUGCUUGGGGUGAUUCUGGAUCAAUCAGAUAGUUUUGUUGGGGCACAAAUUUUGAAGACACUGGUGCAGGGGUCGGGGUGCAGGCCUGGAGAGAUGGCCCAAACGGCUAAGAGCACACACUGUUCUUUCAGAGGGCCCAGGUUCAUUGCAGCACCCAUGUGGUGGCUCACAACCUUGAGGAACUUCAGUUUCAGGGGAUCUGAUACCCUUUUCAAGACUUCAAGAAACCAGAAUGUACAUGAGCACAUAAAUGCACAGGUACAUAUAAAAAUAAACAAGCAAACAAACAAAUAAAAGACAUAGGAUUCCGGGAGAACGACUCCUUCCUUCCCCUCUCAUCCCUCCUUCUCUACCCCACCCCCUCCCUCCCUUUCAUAUAUAUUUCAUAGACAACAAGGAAGAACAAGUUGAUGCCAAAGGGAAAGGUUUCAUUUCUUGCUCUUCCAGAAGGUUGAGGUGGUUUACAGGUCUAAUCUCCAAGUUCAAAUUACUUUUUGCUGUUGGCUAUAGGUCAGGAUUUGGAGACACAGGGUUUUAUAAUUUCCACCCACCUUGCUGGCUAACUGGACUUAACUGGUUCUCGACUCUGACUCCAUGACGGGAUAAUUCCAUUUAGAGCAGUGUGAAAGCUGGGCUAGUGUGAUGGCUGAGGGCUGAAGUGGCUAUUAAGAGACUGAGAAACAAACUCUCGGAUUGGACCCAAGUACAACAGGAACUGCCUGUUCCUUCUUCCCAGAGGGAGAGCUUUGUUGGAGUGGAGCCAAUGGCCUUGACUCUGCUAACGUAAGGUGAGGGCCAGGCCUUCAAAGGUUUUUUUGUUUGUUUGUUUUCUUUUGUUUUCUUUUAAUAUUCAAAGUUGCUGACUGUCUUAGUCAGGGUUUCCAUUCCUGCACAAAACAUCAGGACCAAGAAGCAGUUGGGGAGGAAAGGGUUUAUUCAGCUUACACUUCCACAUUGCUGUUCAUCUCCAAAGGAAGUCAGGCCUGGAACUCGAGCAGGUCAGGAAGCAGGAGUUGAUGCAGAGGCCAUGGAGGGAUGUUACUUACUGGCUCCUUUCCCCUGGCUUGCUCAGCUUGACCUCUUAUAGAACCCAGCCCAGGGAUGGCUCCACCCACAAUGAGCUGGGUCCUCCUCCUUGAUCACUAGUUGAGAAAAUGCCUUACAGCUGGAUCUCAAGGAGGCGUUUUCUCAACUGAGGCUCCACUCUCUGUGAUAACUCUACCUUGUGUCAAGUUGACACAAAACCAGCCAGUAUACCGACAUCAAAAUCUAGUCAUACGUCACUUAUUCAGGAAGGAGGGGUGGUCAGUUACUGUUGUACUUUGUGCUCAAUUCAUGAUUUUGUUCUUUGGUCUCUUAGUAGUCACCUCAGCCCUGGAGUAUCUGUCAUAGUAGCACAUUGUUCUAAAUUUAUUCAUUAUGGCCACAAAGGCCAAGAGUGAGUCACAGGGCCAAAGAAGCCCUGAGACACUUCCUGUGUGGCGGUGAGAGCAUACACAAGAGUUAACAGAGUAAUCAGAUUAAGAAAGGCCACGUGGAGUUUACUAGCAUGCACUUCUACAGUUGUAUUAUUAGAUUUUAUUUUUAACAUCUGUGAUGGUUUGAAUAUGCUUGGCCCAGGAAGUGGUACUAUUAGGAAGUGUGGUCUUGGUGGAGUAGGUGUGCCCUUGUUAGGGGAAGUGUGUUACUGUGGGGUAGGCAAUGAGACUCUCCUCCUAAUCACGUGGGAACCAGUCAAUCUUCUUCUAGAGGCCUUCAGAUGAAGAUGUAGAACUCUCAGCUCCUCCUGCACCAUGCCUGCCUGGAUGCUGCCAUGUUCCCCUUGAUGAUAAUGGACUGAACCUCUGAACCUGUAAGUCAGCCCCAAUUAAAUGUUUUCCUUAUAAGAGUUGCCUUGGUCAUGGUGUCUGUUCACAGCAGUAAAACCCUAAGACAGAAGUUGGUACCAAGGACUGGGGUAUCCCUGUGAUAGGCCUGACCAUGCUUUUGUUCGGAAGAAUGUGGAUUUUGGAACUUUGGGCUUGGAAAGCAAUGGUAUGCUUUAAGUGGGGCUUAGUGGGCCAUCCUAUUAGGAAUAUGGAAGACUUUGUUGCUGAGAGUGAUUUGAACUGUUCAGACAUGGCCCAAGAGGUUUCAGUGGUGAAGGAUUUCAGUAUGUGGCCUAGAGACUGUUUUUGUGUGUUUUGGUGAAGAAUGUGGCUGGUUUUUGCCCUUGUCUGAAGAGUCUACCUGAGGCUAAAGUAAAGAGAUUUACAUUAAUUGCAUUGACAAAGUAAUUCUCAAAAGAGCCCAGCAGAGACUUUUUCUCUGGCUUAGUCUCAUGCAGGGUAUUCUGAUCAAGCAUGGCAAGCUGACAAAGAAAAAAAAAUUCAAAUCAGUGGUUCAAGUGAUAAUAAAGGGGCACCAGGAAUUGAAUGCAGCUGGAUCCUGUGUUUGAGGAGAUAAAGAGAUUAAGAGAGUGGUGAUCUCAGGGCAAGAUCCCAUCCAGCUAUGCAUAUUAUUUAUGUUUUCAGUUGAACAAGGAAUAGUUUAGGCUUUUAAUCUGGAAUGAAAUUCAAUCCACAAAUGGAAGGCAUACUUGUAAUCCAGAUCCCAGGCUGGAAGACACAGGUUUUUGAUGCAGACCUUCUUCCUUCCCUCCUUCCUUCCUUCCUUUUUUCUUUCCUUUCUUUUUCUUUCUUUCUCUUCCUUCCUUCCUUCCUUUCCUUUCCUUUUCUCUCUUUCUUCCUUCCUUUCUUUCUUUUUUUUGGUUCCACGGGAGAGGUUUAAUGAGAAAAGAGGAAAGGAGGCUGGCCAUGGGCAUGUGGGGGAAGGGGGAAUGAGGAGAGAAUGGACAGGGACAGAAGGGAAGAGCAGAGAACAAGGAGAGAGCAAGAGAGCAAGAGGUUGAUGCAGACCUCGAGGAACAAUGGCCAUGAAAGCUUAGGUCCAAGCAUGGUGGUAUACACCUUAAGUUCCAGGAGACAGAGGCAAACAAAUCUCUGAGUUCAUGAACAGCCUGGUAUAGAGCAAGUUCCACAUAGAGAAAAGCUUAAGUCCAGGUGUGGUGGUAUAUACCUUUGAUCCCAGCAUUCAAGAGACAGAGCCAUGCAGAUCUCUAAGUCCAAGGUCAAUCUGCAGAGCAAAUUCCAGGAUAGCCAAGUUUAGGCAGUGAAGGAGUUGGAAAACAGAAAGCUGGUGAUAAUGUAAUAGAACAAGGGGCCAUGUUCCAGCUUCUGAAAGCAGCAGAACUCAACAGCUUCAGUCAUGUGGCUCUGGCUUUAUAGUCAAGAGGAGAAGGAGACUACUGAGACCGUUGAUGCUGGUUAGCUGGAGCUAAGAAAUUACUGGUGAUUAAGAAGAGACCAAGAUCACUGAGGUGAAAUCUGGAAAGUGUUUUCUGAGAGCACAAAGAAUCUGUGAUCUAGAGAUAGCAAAGAUUGUACCUGUGCUAUAGUUGUACUUGGUAAUGUGUAAGAGUCACCCAGGUGGUACUGGUUUUGAAGGCAUGAAGGGGUCAUGAAGAGCAGCUGAGGCUCAGCACUGUGAGAGGCCAUGGAAGGCCAUUGGUGAAGGUGCAGCCUCAGUUGUAAUUGAUGGCACAGGACUGAAGGGGUCAGGAAAAGGAUUUGAGGCUUGGCACCAGAACCUAUGAGAGGCUAAUUGGUGAAGCCUAGUUGCAGGGGAAGACCCCGGUAUAUUGGAGAUGCCAGUAUGGUGGGAUGAUCCUCAAGAACAGCAGCAGCAGUGAAAUGUAGUCAACCAGAGCCUAGAGUGCUACAGAGGGCAGAGCUGGUGAUGCAAGCCCUUUGAAAGGAGCUCAGGAAAUCAUGUGUGGAUCCCAGACAUUGGAACGAGAAGUGAGAUGCCAAAUCUUUUAAGUUAAUACUCCAUUUUAGAGAACCUAAGUUUAUAUUCCAGUAAACUAACAGGCUAGUAACUAGCAUUAGUUUCCAAGUUGCCUCCAAACAAAACCUGAGCCUGGCUCCAGUCUCUAGGCUAAUCCCAAACAAGACCAGCAUUUCCGGGUUACACCCUCAACAAGACCAGUGUCUCCAGGUUAUUCCCCCAACAAACCUGCACCCCCAGGUUACAAGCCCACCCCCUACCUAACAACCACCAAUGCAGAGGGGAGCAGAAAUAAAGUUUAUGAUAUGACUCCCAGCACCAGCCAAAUAUGUUAAAGGCCACAGUAGCUUUCCAAUUAUAUGCUUGCACUAGUAGUCCCUUGCUGCUUACUAUAAAGCCUAGCCCCCAGUAGACAUUUGGGGCUCUCCCCCAAAAAAUAUCCUGUGUGACAGUGGUGUGUUGGGGAGGGGCAGCUCUUGCUGUGAGUUGCAUCAGAUUGGUUCCUGUCUGUGUUUUGGGGACUACUAACAUUUCCCUGGCACUACAUUUUGGUGCAUUGGCCGGGAAGUUCCCCAUGACACACAGGACUACUAAUCAGGAGAGUCUUGAACCUAGAAAAACAAAUCUAGGUAUUUGUGUUUUUAUGUUUGUAACAAUGUGUUAAACUCCUUGUUUUUUCCCUAAGCACUAACUUUGAGUUUUCUUUGUGAGAUCAGCAGAGUGGAAAAGAAGCAAGCUUGUGUAGAAAUAAAUGUAACUCUUCCAGCCAUGCUGAGAUGAUUUAUUUAUGUGGAACCUAGUGGCUGUGGUGCCAUGGUAAUUCUUCUGGGUUUGAGCCACACUGAGGAAUCUUUGUGUCAGAAGUUUUCUAUGUGGUCUGAGCAGGUGAGUACUUGCCCAGUAGCACAAAAGCUUGUGAUUUGUGUGGUGGCUAAUUUGUCUGAAUGUUAGAAACUUUCUGUGAGAUCUACAGAGCAUAACAAAAACUUGUGUAAAGACAAAUGACUUAUGUUGCCAUGGUGAUUUUUCCAGGUCUGAGUAAACAUGCCUACAGUACUGAGUGUUCUGUGCGUGAUUACCAAUUUCUGGUUGGUUCAUGUUACUGCCAGGUGUAUCCUUUUCUUCCAGGUCUGAGUGGUGCCACAUCGUCUUCUGUGAGCGCCUCCUUCUUGUUCAUUCUUGUUAUUACAAUCUGUAUCUUUUUCUGGAUUUGGUUGGUUUUUGUUUCUGGUUGUGUCCUUUUCUGUUCACUGAGUCUAAAUGGUGCCACAUCUUUCUGGGAACAAGGCCUUGAAUUUGUUCUGUUGCCAAUUUGUCAUUAGAAAAGUCAUGUCUGGGAGCUGUGGGAACAGUGAGGUCAGGAGAUGUCCUGAGCCAGUUUGGGUGGGUGUGACUCAGGGGAGCCAAGAGAUACUCACUAAUCUGGUUCUUUUCUUCUAUGUGUAUGCACCACUUUCUGGUUGUUUCUUGUUUCUGCCUGAUAGAGAGAAAAGGUUGGACUUGUGUUUUGGGUGGCACAGAGAGGUCUUUUGCAUAAGUGCCACUUUCUGGUUGUUUCUUGUUUCUGCUGGAUGGAUAGAGAUUUUAUUUGUGUUUCUGUGUGUUGUAUUUGUGUUUCUCAUUACAAGAUGACUUUGAUGAAGUAAUUUUGAUGAGAUGACUUUGACAGAUGAUUUUAAAGAGGUGACUUUGAUGGAGUGACUUUGAUUUUGACAGAUGUAUUAACAUGAGACAGGCUAUGUCUACCACAUUCUACAGGUUCCCUGCACUACAGAAGAGGCCAGAAAGCAGGUUUUUGGCCCCACAGGGGAUCCUACCAGUAAUCAAGCAGUUAUUGAUGCUUGCUUCCCCCUGACUGACCCAGAUUGGAACUUUAACAUCAUUGAAGGUAAGAGGAGGCUCUUGGUCUACCAUCAGGUUCUGCUGGCAGGUCUCAAGGUGGCCACAGGAUGGCCCACAAAUUUGGCUAGAGUAUAUGACAUUAGGCAAGGAGAAAAUGAAAGCCCUGCAGCUUUUUUAGAGAGGCUCCCAUCUGUGUUUUGGGGACCAACACAUUUUCCUGGCACUAUAGAAGCUGUAAUGUUGAAGUUGCCUUGGAGACUCCAAAAUGUUUGAAAUGCCAGAGCCAUGGUAUACUUGUUGAGGAAAGCUGCUAACAGGGAGUGGAACCAGCCCAGGGGAGUUGUGAUGCAGUCAAUGAAAGUGAAAGGAGUUGGGCAUCAGACACGGAGGUUCAGACUUUGGAGUUUGCCCAGCUGGUUUCCUGUCUUGCUUUGGUCUGGUAUUGCUUCACUAUGACAUUUUGGAAUGGUAACAUUUAUCCUGUGAUGUUGGAAGUGUUUGGGCUGCUUUUGAUUUUGAUUUUAUAGGGGAUUGCAGUUAAGAGAUUGCAUGAAUAGACUAUGGGGGCUUUGGAAGUUGGACUAAAUGUAUUUUUUAUUAUGCUAUGCAUAGGUAUGGCCCCCAUAGACUCAUGUUUGAACAAGUCUAUGGGGGCCAGGGAGUGCAAUGUGGUGGUUUGAAUAUGUUAGGCCCAGGAAGUGAUACUAUUAGGAGCUGUGGCCUUGUUGGAGUAGGUGUGGCCUUGUUGGAGGAAGUGUGCCAUUGUGGGGAUAAGCAGUGAGACCCUCCUCCUAACCAGAUGGGAGCCAGUCUUCUCCUAGCAGCUUUCAGAUAAAGAUGUAGAACUCUCAGUUCCUCCAGCACCAUGCCUACCUGGAUGCUGCCUUGUUCCCCUUGAUGAUAAUGGACUCUGAACCUGUAAGCCAGCCCCAAUUAAACAUUGUUCUUACAAGAGUUGCCUUGGUCAUGGUGUCUGUUCACAGCAGUAUAACCCUAAGACGAUGUCUUACUAUCUUUAGCUUAUAAACAUAUCAUAAAUCCAUGUAUUUGAAAGAAUACGGCAACUCUGAGUGUGUAUGGUUCAGCACAAUCAUUGGUACAUAUUCCUGUAGUCAAGGAGACAAUGCCAUUAUGGAGAUAAUGAAAGAGAGAGGCUCAGGGAUGGUAAGUGUGCUACACAGCAUCCUCCAGCUGAGAACAAGUUCAUGAAUUGUAUUUCUAAAUCUUCCAAAUAUUCUCCUCCACUAAAGCCGCGUGACCUUCUGUGAGAGUCUAGAAGCACAAUGUGAAUGCUCGUUUUUACUGUCCGUGCCUCAUGUGACUCAGGACAGUGGUACUACAAACACCUUUCUACAAUAGAGAAUCUUCCUCUUUUUGCUAUGCAGGUCCCAGAGUUUGAAAAGAUUCCAGGUGCAGGCAGGGUUGCUGGAAAUGGGGGAUCUUGCUGAGUGUCAGAACCAGCCAAACCUUCCUACAUCCUUUUAACUGAACUUGGAACUCUCUUUAAAGCCUUGGGAUACCCAGGACCAGGGCUGACAUCCACCAUUUUCACUUACCUGCAAGUAUUGGGGAGGACCACCUUGUUGGCAGUGGCUCCCCAGGCUCUGGGUACCACAGUGUGUCAUAGAGAUCUCUGUCUCUUGGAGCUUACACUCUGGUGUGGACAACAGGCAGACAAGUAUGCAAACCCAAAGAUAGUGACAGCAUGGCAUUGUCUGGGUCAUAGUCCACACUCUAGCUACUGGGGCUGGGGGAGGCAAGUACAGCACUGUGUGCUAUCAAGGACAUCAUUUAACCUUUCCCGAUCUCAUCUCAUCUACAAAAUGAGGAAGUCAAAUGUACAGCAGAAUCACUCCUGUCUGACCUGUGAAUUUUCCAAGAUAAUGACAGGAGGUUUGCUGGUUGUCUUAGUUAUGAUUUUAUUGCUGUGAAGAGACACCAUGACAAAGGCAACCCUAUAAAGAAAAGCAUUUACUUGGGGCUUUUAGAGAUUCAGUCUAUUAUCAUCAUGGUGGGAAGCAUGGUGGAGUCCAGGUACACAUGGUGCUCUAGAAGGAGCUGAGUGAUUUACAUUUUGAUCCAAAGGCAGCCAGAAGAAGGACCUCAAUAUGUAACGAGUGGAACUUGAGCAUAGAAGCCCAGAGAGCCAACCUUCUUCUAACAAGGCUACACUUCCACCAAAAAGGACACACCUCUUAAUACUGUCAGUCACUGGGCAAGGAUAGUUACACCACCACACUGGUUAUAGCAAAAGACAGAGAGGAGGACACCCCCAUGUGGGAGAGUGGGGAGGACUCGCCUGUGGUGGACAAUAGGGAUGACUUACCUGUGGUGGAGAAUGAGGAGGACUCUCAUAAGGUGAAAACUGGGGAGACACUGAUGUGGUGGAUAGUGAGGACAUUCUUGUAGCAGACAACGGGGAGGGCAUCCUUGUGGUGGACAGUGAGGAGAACGUCCCUGUAGUGAACAGUGAGGAAAAUGUCCCUUUGGUAGACAGUGAAGAGGAUGCCCCAGUGGUGGAUAUGAUGAGGACAUCCCUCUGUUGGACAGUGGGGGGAACUACAGUUCAAUGGACAGUGAGGGGGAUAGCCCCAUGGCAGAUAGUGAGGAGGACGUCCCUGUGGUGGACAGUGAGGAGGACUCCCCUGUGGGAAGAGUGAUGAGACCCAUUCUGACAGUUUCCUUGAACCCACCUCUCCUCUAAAAUAAAGCAUUUUAGGGGUUGGGGAUUUAGCUCAGUGGUAGAGCGCUUGCCUAGGAAGCGCAAGGCCCUGGGUUCGGUCCCAGCUCCGAAAAAAAGAACCAAAAUAAAAUAAAAUAAAAUAAAGCAUUUUAUGAGGAAUGAGAUGAUGGUAGCAAAUAUGGCAUUCUUAAAUAUGAAUUCUUAAAGAAUUAAGAAUUCAUUUAUAUAGUCAAGUGUGGUGUAGCAUUUUUGUAAUCUCAACCCUCAUGAGACAGAUGCAGGAGGAUGGAUAGUUGUUCUUGUCAUUGAGAUCUUUUUCAGAUUUAUUGUUUUUAUGUUCACAUCUAGUGCUGCUUUGCUCUCAUAUAUGUAUGCACCGCCUGAUCUCAGAUACCAGAAAUGAGGCAGAACUUACUCCUGGAAGUGGAGUUACAAACAGUUUUAGCAGCCAAGUCGGUGCUAAGAACUAAAACUGGGUCUUCUGCAAGAAACAGGUGUAAGGGUCUAGUAGCAAGUCCUCAGUUGCCAAGGAAUGCUGCAAAAUUUACACCAUGCAACAGACCUCGCUGGAGACAUUCAUCAGAGGUAGGAGGGAUGUGAAAGGCCACCACUGAGCAGAGAUAAGAGAGAGACAGAGCGGGCGACAGACAGCAGGUUGUGUCAGCCCAGACUUUAUAAGGGCUAUGGAGCAUGUGCCCAAGGGAUGUUGGGGACAUCUCAUUACUGACGAUGUGCCACACUGGCAUGUAGUGAUGAUGACUUCUGAAGGUGCGGUGACAGAACACCUGGGUCUAACAUUCCGCCCUUUUGUUUAUUUUAAAAGGGAAGGAAAUGGGAAGGGGUGGUUGGUGAGGUAUUUGUGAGGCCACCGUUCUCUUUAGACUGCUUCCUGUUGUCUAGUGACAUUGGCAUCUUUGAGCUGGAACGCUGGCUAAGGCAUUGCCACUCAGGCUCUGAGGGACCCUGGGGUGGGGAAGCGCAGGCUGCAUUGGAGCACUUUGCAGUCUCUGAUGGAUUGAAAACCUGCUGGAACAGAUAUAUGUUAGAGAAAUUAAGAAGUUAAGAAGUUUAGGGGAUUUUUUUAGGUGUACAUUUUUACUUUUAGACCUAUGGUUCUGCUGGUUGGGGAAGAGGAGUCCCAAGAUCAGUGUGAGCAUGGGGUGAGACUCAAACCCUCAAGAAUUGGGAGGUAGGGGCCAUGCUGUUGAUUGACAGUACUUGUGUGUGUGUGGAGUCCAUUUGACCUUGAGAAGAGGAUUUGAGUUGAUUCCCUGAAGCUUAUGAAGAUUUUUUUUUUAAGUUUACAAAAGGAUAAAAGUUUUAGAUCUGUUAAUAAUACCACUGUUUGUACUCAGUUCUGAAAUCCACAUUAUAGAAAGAGCAGUAGACUCAUGCCUUUGAGGCAUAGUAGAAGCUUGGAGACCCAAAAAUUAUUCUGAAUUAAAAGCAUGAACACUCUUUCUAGAGGGCUGGGUAUAUAGAUUGGGCAAAGAUGUUCUUAGCACAAUGAGAAGCCACUUUAAGUCUAUACUUAGAAAACAACCAAGGGAAAUUUCAGCUCUUUAGCAUGUAUGCUAUGCUAUGCAUAGUAGCAUAGCAUACUAUGAUGAGAUAAUAGCAACCCGUGCUUACCAGAGAAGGUUAAUAGCUUAUCAGAACCCCAUUGGUUAAGGUUCAAAUUCUGAACUUUUGAAGUUGUCUUAGUUAGGGUUUCAUUGCUGUGAAGAGACAUCAUGACCAAGGAAACUCAUAAAGUAAUAUUUAAUUGGGACUGACUUACAGUUUCAGAGGGUCAGUCCAUUAUCAUCAAGGCAGGAAGCAUGGCAGUGUCUAGGUAGACAUGGUGCUGAAGGAGUCGAGAGUUCUACAACUUGUUCCGAAGGCCUCCAGAAAGAGAUGCUCUUCCACAUUGGGUGGAGCUUGAGCGUUAGGAGACCUUAAAGCCCACCCCCAUAGUGACGUACUUCCUCCAACAAAGCCACACCCACUCCAACAAGGCCACACCCACUCCAACAAGGCCACACCUAUUCCAAAAGACCAGGGCUACUCCAAGAAGGCCACACCUCCUAAUAGUACCACUUCCCAUGAGCCAAGCAAUUUCAAACCAGAAGUCUUCAUGUAACAAUAGCAUAGAGAGGGGAAAGUUAGACAUUUUUAAUGUGCUUUAAAUCAUUUCAUUAGACCUUUACAAUCUACACACCUUACAAUACUUUCUUAUACCUUUAUAACGUACACUUACAUAUGUUAUAACACUUUUUAAAACCCUUACCCCCUAUUUAAGCUUUCCUAUCCUCAGACCUUACAUAAACUUUACACUUUUUUUUACAUCCAGUCAUUUACCACGAGACACACAUAGUUAUUACUGAAAGAAGGCAGUGAUUGUAAGGCAAGUUCCUUUAUGUAAAAUGAAUUUGUAAUUCUAGCCUGCCCAUAGAGAAGACAUACAAUCCAGGUAUUUUAUUUACAAGUCGUAAGAUUGGACAGGUUUAGACAGAGCUAAAUCAUUCCCCAGCUGUACAGUCCCUUGCUACCUGCUCAUUCUCCUGGUCAUUGUUCAUGGUCCAGCUCCUCUCAUCUUCCUCUAGCUCAGUCUCCUUUCCUUUUCUCCUCCCUCUACUUGUAACCCUCUUGGUGAUCCCCAAGUCCCUCCCACCUUUCUCCUUCCACUGCCCAAUCACAGGCUAGCCCUUUAUUGAUCAGUUAACUUGGGGAGUCAGGUUUACACAGCAUCACUUGGUGUACAUAAGGGGCAACUGCAUCUUGAGAGUCAGUGUUUAGCAUUAGAAUAUAAGCAGCAUCAGACCAUCACCACACCCAGUAGUGCUUUCCAGUGAGGAGAAAGCAGUCGAAGGCUUGGUUGAUGCUGUUAAACUGUCAACGCUGGGAACUAGCCUUGUCCUCAGCACCAUCAGAGCUGAGAAGGGUAAAUUUCAUCAGAGCAAGCAGGAAGUAUGGACCAGGCGGCUCCCAAGUCUAUUGAGAAUGAUGGAGACUUACUGGCUCCCUGGGCAGUGAGUUCCUAGGUUCCUCUGUGGAAAUCUUGAUUUCCUUGUGAGCAGAGCUCUCAGGAUAGUUUUGACCACCAGGCCCAGAAGAUCCAACAGACUUUCUGUGGAGUAGGAACCUGGGGACAGUCCUAUCUUGUCUAGGCAAAGCAGAGCAAUCAACUCCCCAGUGCCCUGCUUGUUCACAGUUUGGUCAGGGUGGUGAGUGAAACGAAUGGCAGUUUCCCCUAGGGUCUGCUUUGCCUCGUUUAAAGCAAGCUCCAGAUAAGUUCGGUGCUAAUCAUCCUCUUUGGGGAAGAUGUCAGGGCUGCUGGCACUUUUCUCUAGUAUGGGAAGCCUUUUCCUGCUCCUCCCUUUCUGCUCCAGGAUUUAAGGCCAGCCUAUACUUCUAUACUUGCUGGGCAACCUGAGCUACAUAAAGAGUCUCUCUCUCUCUCUCUCUCUCUCUCUCUCUCUCUCUCUCUCUCUCUCUCACACACACACACACACACACACACACACACACACACAGAAUUACUGAGUAUAAAUUCCUCUGAACAAUUUCAGUAAACAAAAACAUCUUUACUAAGAAGUAAACCAUCUUUGCUUCAACCCCAGUAGCCAUUAUUUUAAUAUCAGUAAAGAGAAACUUCUCUAGCUUCAGGGGAAGACAUUUUGAAGGGAAAUGAAUCUGGCUAGGAGACAGGAGAGGUGAGAAUGAAAGAGGAAGGACCCAUCAAGUGUCCAGGAGUCAGAAAACACUGAAUGAAGCAAGGUCCUGAGGUGGACAGUUCACAUCCAAGAAGAGGAAGGCGGGAGGGGGCUGUGUGGAAGCCACAGGCAGAGAGCCCACUGUGUCUCCAGCUCCUCGGUAUGGGUGCCAACCUCCCAUAGACCACCUCAGGCUGCACAGCACUAGAUACUAGGCCAGGCCAUGAAGUAUGUUCUCUAAAUGCUUAUUUAAUAACAGGAUAUUAAUUAUUAACCAUGCCCUGUCCCCUGUGAGUAAAUUAGCAUAUCAAUAUUGCAGGUCCAAUUAUUUCCUGCUAGCUUUAUGCAGAACCCAACAGAGAGAGCCUCCUCAGACUUUGUUUUCAUAAAAAAAUAUGAGUCCACAGCCCAGGAGAAGGAGGAGGAGGAGGAGGAGGAGGAGCAGCAGCAGCAGCAGCAGCAGCAACAGCAGCAGCAGCCGCUAGAUGACCACUGAUUGAGAAUAUCACAAGGCUUGUGCUUGGUUCUGUUAAGAGAAUGGGCACGGUUCCUCUAGCACCAUUUGUACCUGCAGCCAGGGCAACCAAAAGAGUGCUUUGUGUUUCCAAGGGAGGAUUCUAUGCUCAGCCCAGUAGCCUACGACCAUGUGUGCACAUGCAUGUAGACACAUGCAAACCAGUUGCUCCCCAGUUACUCUCCUUAGGAAGGCUAGAGCAGCAGUAGGAGUCAAACAAGUAAAGCUUGUUUGCUUGGAUUCUCUCGCUUGGAUUCUCUCUCUCUCUCUCUCUCUCUCUCUCUCUCUCUCUCUCUCUCUCUCCUCAUUUUACAGAUGUGUGGAUAAGCAUGGUGCCAUGGAACCAUAGUGUGAGUGACCCCAUCUUGGUUUGUCAGUUGCUCAUUGGAGUCUCCCCUGAGCAUGCUCACUGAGCUGGGAUUCCCGCCAUUCUUUAGCAGGAAGUUCUCUGGACUGUGGCUUCCUCACAGUUCUUUCUCAUGGACUGUGGCCUCCCUGUGCACAUUUGUGUUUGGGUCAUUCUUUUUGUUCUGCUCAAGAUGCUUUGUAAGCCCUGAAGGAGUGCUGCUUUCUUUUCUUUAUUUUAUUGGAUAUUUUAAAUUUACAUUUCAAAUGUUAUUCCCUUUCCCAGUUUCCUAGCCAUAAGCCCUUUAUCCCACCCUUCUAUAAGGAUGUUCCCCCUCCCCAGCCACUCCUCCCUCCCACCUCCCCCCGCCAUGACAUUCCCCUACACUGAGGGGGUCCAGCCUUGGCAGGACCAAGGACUUCUCCUUCCACUGGUGCUCAACAAGGCCAUCUCUGCUACAUAUGCAUCUGGAGCCAUGGGUCUGUCCAUGUGUAGUCUCUGGGUAGUGGUUUAGUCCCUGGGAGCUCUGGUUAGUUGGUACUGUUGUUCUUAUGGGGUCACAAGCCCCUUCAGCUCCUUCAAUCCUUUUUCUAACUCCUCCAAUGGGGACCCCAUUCUCAGUUCAGUGUUUUGCUGCUAGCAUUCACCUCUGUAUUUGACAUGCUCUGGCUGAGCCUCUCAGGAGACAGCUAGAGAGUGUUUCUUUAGCACUGUCCAAAGACUCAAGCUCCUAACUUCUGUGUGUGCAUGUGUAUGCAUGUACAUAUAUGGGCAUGCACAUGUGUGUAUGUGAAUGUGCAUAUAGGCAUGUUUGUGUUUGUCUACAUGCAAGAGUUCAUUUGUGCAUGUGCGUGUUUGAGUAAUGUGUAUCUAUGCUUGUCUGAUAUGUGUGUGAGGAAUCACGGUUGCGAAUCCAUGUGUAUGUAUGCAUUUGUUUGCAUGUACCUGAGUGUUUGCAUGUUUUUGUAAGUGUGCAUGUAUGUGAGUGUGUUCCUGCUUUUAUUGAUGUGUGCUUGAGUAUGCAUGUGUGUGCUUGUACAUGCACUCAUGCAUACUGUUGUGUGUUUGUGUGUGCUUAUUUGGGUGUGUGCACAUGCAUGUAGAUACAUGCAAACCAGUUGCUCCCCAGUUACUCUCCUUAGGAAGGCUAGAGCAGCAGUAGGAGUCAAACAAGUAAAGCUUGUUUGCUUGGAUUCUCUCGCUUGGAUUCUCUCUCUCUCUCUCUCUCUCUCUCUCUCUCUCUCUCUCUCUCUCUCUCCUCAUUUUACAGAUGUGUGGAUAAGCAUGGUGCCAUGGAACCAUAGUGUGAGUGACCCCAUCUUGGUUUGUCAGUUGGGCCUAGUACAGGAGCUCAGUGCAAGCAGUGGCCUCUGGAUUUUAUCUGGCCAUUAUUAGCAUUGAUUGAUUUUUAAAUUCAAUAACACAGGAAUAGAGGUGUUACGCUCUAGUAGGUCAGAGACUGUGCACAGAUACCUUAGCAGGCAUGUUCAUAGGGCAUGCCUGGGUGCUGUUGAUAGGACCAGGAAUUGACCAGAUUCUCCUGCCCAGAACUUUCAGGCCAGGGACCCAGUGAACAAAAUUCCUGCUGGGACUGUUGCUAAUGUAAACACCACGGGAGUAUGUGGGGUGGGGGAUGGGAAGUGAUCUCAGAACUAGGGAGAGCUGAUUUGCAGACAGACCAAAAGAAGAAAGGAAAAACUGAAGGGUCGACAAUGCUCCUUCCACAACUUAGCCCUUCCUGAGGUCCUGCUCCCGCCCUCUUUACAUUUGAGGUAGUAAAAACACAUCACUUAGAGUGGACUCAAGUUUAGCAGGUCAGGUAUGCAUAAAUGCUUUCCCCCAGACCCCAUUUUUUCUUUUCUGCCAUCUUAAGAGGUUUGGAGGGACUGCUAGCAUGCUCCCAAGGGGGUUAGCACCCUUGAUUUUUAUAAUCAGAAUUUCUUCAUAAGCACAAAGUGAUAGAAGUGUGGGGGAAAGGAUUUUAGAGAUCAUCCAGUGUGGGGCUUAAUUUUCUCCUUCCACGAUCCCCUCUCACCUGAAGAUUUCAGGAACCCUCAAGUAUACUGAUAUAUAAAAUAGUUGCACAAACCAGACAUUUACUUAACAUAAUUAUUUAAUAUAGAUAGACAUUUUCAUUAUUGAAGAUGAGACUGAAUUUGUAUAGUAAAAUGAAUGAACUUAUUUUUCAUAGAGAACUAAAUCUUGGCUGAGUAUUGAUACUGAAGAAUGUAGACCAUCAAGGAUGUAGACCGUCAAGGAUGUAGACCGUCAAGGAUGUAGACCGUCAAGGAUGUAGACCAUCUGGCUGGAGAGAUGGCACUGACUGCUCUUCCUGAGGUCCUGAAUUCAAUUCCCAGCAACCACAUGGUGGCUCACAGCCAUCUGUAAUGGGAUUCGAUGGCCUCUUCUGGUGUGUCUGAAGACAGCAACAGUGUACUCACAUACAUAAAAUAAAUAAAUGUUUAAAAAGAAAAGGAUGUAGACCAUCAAGGACGUAGACCAUCAAGGACGUAGACCGUCAAGGAUGUAGACCGUCAAGGAUGUAGACCGUCAAGGGUGUAGACCGUCAAGGGUGUAGACCGUCAAGGGUGUAGACCAUCAAGGGUGUAGACCAUCAAGGAUGUAGACCGUCAAGGAUGUAGACCGUCAAGGAUGUAGACCGUCAAGGAUGUAGACCGUCAAGGGUGCAGACCAUCAAGGAUGCAGACCGUCAAGGAUGCAGACCGUCAAGGAUGCAGACCGUCAAGGAUGCAGACCGUCAAGGGUGUAGACUGUCAAGGGUGUAGACCGUCAAGGAUGCAGACCGUCAAGGAUGCAGACCGUCAAGGAUGUAGACCGUCAAGGAUGCAGACCGUCAAGGAUGCAGACCGUCAAGGAUGCAGACCGUCAAGGGUGUAGACCGUCAAGGGUGUAGACCGUCAAGGAUGCAGACCGUCAAGGAUGCAGACCGUCAAGGAUGCAGACCGUCAAGGAUGCAGACCGUCAAGGAUGCAGACUGUCAAGGGUGCAGACCGUCAAGGGUGCAGACCGUCAAGGGUGUAGACCGUCAAGGAUGCAGACCAUCAAGGAUGCAGACCAUCAAGGAUGCAGACCUCAAGGAUGUAGACCGUCAGCAUCUUUGGAGUUUUGAUUGCUCACAAUGAGAACACUAAUGGCAGAAGUAUGUUUGGGCUGUUAUAGGAAUUGUUGGAAAUUCUGCUCUAAUCUCAAGCCAAAUUUUGUUUGUUUUUGUUUUGUUUUGAGAUAGGAUCUCAUGCAAUCCAGGCUGACCUUGAAUGUGAAGUGCAUCAGAGGAUAACCUUGACUCGUGAUCUUCCUGUCUCCAUUUAUGACUUUUAAAAUGAAACUCCAGUUAGCAGCUGUCUUAGUUAGGGUUUUACUGCUGUGAACAGACACCAUGACCAUGACCAUGACAACUCUCAUAAAAGAAAAUAUUUAAUUGGUGCUGGCUUACAGGUUCAGAGGUUCAACCCGUUAUCAUCAUGGUGGGAAGCAUGGCAGUAUCCAGGCAGACAUGGUGCUGGAGGAGCCAAGAGUUCUACUUCUUGAUCCAAAGGCAGUCAGGAAAAGACUCUUCUUCCACACUGGGAGGAGCUUGACCACUAACAGCCUGUAGUGGGUUGGCCUAAUGCUGCUUGAAUCUAAUGCUAAUUUGGAGCCCCUAACACUAGUUACCUCACACAUAAGACACUGAGUGACCCUGCCCCUAGUUAAUUGUGAUUGGUAAAUAAAGCUGCCAAUAGCCAAUAUCUGGGCAGAGGAGACAAAGGUAUGGUUGAGGUUUCGUGUGCUUGGGGAGAGAGGACCAUGAGGAGGGAAGGAGAAGGAAGGAGACACUGUGGGAUAGAAGAACUUGCAGGAGAGGAGAAAGGAGUGUGGCCAUGGGAUAAGAGAAAGAGAGUGUGGUCGUAAGUGCUGCCUAGGGAGCUAAGAGCAUCCCAAAUGAACGGAGUAAGUAAACUCAGGUUAUCAAUGGGAAGUAGAUUCUAACACAUGGAGGAUAGGCAGCUGCCCAGUAUGCUUAAGGCAUAUUAUAAAUACACAGGCUGAGUAUGUCUUUCUUCUGGGAACCCAAUAACCAAAGGCAGGGUAGAGGAGUCCCAGGCUGGGAUUUUUGAUAUUUUUACUACAGGAGCCCUCAAAGCCCCUUCCCACACUUUCUCCAGCAUGGCCACACCUCCUAAUAGUGCCGCUUCCUAUGGGCCAAGCACAUUCAAACCGCCACAGAAAUUUACAUGGUACUUUGAUCUUCUUAUUUAUUUUUGAGACAGGGUUUCACUAUGUACCCAGUCUGGCCAGGAACUGAAGUUAAGGCUCCUGCCUCAGCCUUCUUAGAUGUCCUGUCAGGCCAAGUUCAGCUUAGCUCAACCUCAAGCCUUGCCUCUGUUUCUCCAAGGCUCCUCUCACCAUCUACAUGCCUCAGGUCAGCUCACCUCAGCUCACACUUACGCACUGAGUUAGUGUCCCUUGCUCCAGUAAACUUUCCUGUCCCUAGACUCAGCUGUUCUGUCUGCUUCCUUGUAAGACUGUAGACGUUGGGACAGUAUCUAGCAGGUCCACCGUGGGUCCCACGGCCCAGGCUGGAUUCCAGAUACGCAGUAGAAAUAUGCUGUAGGAACUGCCUCCCCCACACCCACCCCUUGGCUGAAGGCCAGGCUGCUUUCUGAGUUCCUCACUGAGGAGGAGCCAAGCUUCACCUUGCCCUACUGCUCCCUGUCUGGAGAUGCAGAAAGGCCGGCUGUGCCCAGUUUGUGUGUAUUUAACCCAGACCACAAAUGCCGAAUGGUAUCGCUGACUCAGCAAGUUGACCUCAUUUACAGCGCACAUGGCAUGGCUGAAGAUGCGGUUCCUUGUCCCCAGCCCCGACUCUCUUAUUUCUGUUGAAGAACUGAAUUCCUCUUCGUGGGUGUCCACAGGCAGGGAGGGCUGCUCCUAUUGCUUCCCAGGAUGCCGUGGAGCAUCUGUAAUCCAGGAGCAUCCUCCCAAGGUGGGAAGAGGAGCCAACCAGAAACAGUGACCUCUGCAGCAAGGAAGGCCUUCUGUGGGAGCCCUAGGGCUCAGAAAGGAGUUGCUGUGGUUUGCAGCGAUGCUAUAGAGGGAGGAGAUCUGUUUCUGCUUUUAACCUGGGAACAUGGAUGCUAGUCACCGAAAAUCGCAUGUUCCUGAUUUUCACUAAUUUAUUUGCAAAAAACCAAAACUGUUUCAUUUAUUAUUAAUUUUUUAAAAAUCAGGCCAAAUGAGUUCUGAUCUCCUAUUGUUGGAACAGAGAAGGGCGCAGAGGAGCAUCUGUCUCCAGCCAUAGCCUUGGCUGGGUGACCAAUGACCUAAUGUGAAGAUGCUUAUGAUAGUUAGCCCUAACUCUUUUUUUAAAAGUUUACAAUGGUGCAAAGGUAAUAUGCAUUCAGUAGAAACACGCUAUAAUAAAAGAAAUUAAUAAUUUUUCAGUGUUUAAAUCCCUGUCCUUCAUUUGCUGUGAUAAAAAUAUUUCGAGGAGAGCAAAGGAGACAGGUCAGUCGAUAAUGGUGGGAAAGUCACGGUUACAGGUGUGUGAGGCAUCUCACCACAUCCCACCCACACUCAGGAAACAGAGAAUGAUGCACACUAGUGCUCAGCCUUCUCCUGACAUCUGCCCCAGCCCUGGAUCCCUGCUAGGGAAUGGCAGCACCCAGAGUGGGCAAGCCUCAAAUCAGCCACUGCAGUCAGGAUAGCACCCACAGUCAGGAUAGCAGCACAGGCACACUCAGUCACUGCAGUCAGGAUAGCACCACAGGCACCCUCAGUCACUGCAGUCAGGAUAGCAUCCACAGUCAGGAUAGCAUCACAGGCGCGCUCAGUCACUGCAGUCAGGAUAGCACCACAGCCACCCUCAGCCACUGCAGUCAGGAUAGCACCCACAGUCAGGAUAGCACCACAGGCACACUCAGUCACUGCAGUCAGGAGAGCACCCACAGGCACACUCAGAGGCCCAUCUCCCAGAUUUUACAUUCUGCCAACUUGACAAUUGUCACUGACCAUCACAACUGGCUGCCAGUACCUGGUCCAACCCUGCCUGAGACUGGGCACUGGAAGCUUGUGGUUAGCUGCUGGAUCAUGAUACUACCAAACACUGUCUCUCUAAGCUAGGGAACAUGCUUUAAAUUCACCAACCACUUACCAUUGUGUUCUCAACUUACUUUAGAUUUAUGAGGAAUUAAUCCCACCACUAAUUGAGUAGUAUUCUUCCAUAAAGUUGUAAGGAGUGUUUAGCCUAAAGUAAUCUUUGUAAAAUAUUAAUCAUAAGCCCCAGAGUAAACCAAGAAAGCAUAUCAAUAAGGCUAGAUAAACACUUUUGACAUAGAUAUACAGUGGAAUACUACUCAGCAAUGAAAAAGGAAUCAAAUUAUAAAAUGCAACAUCACUAAGCCAAAAGAAGUAAAAGUUAAAAAAGAAGUGCAAACUCUGAAUAUAAACUAGAGAGAUCUCUAAAUAACUAUGCUGUGCAUAUGGAACUAGACCAUACAGUAUAUACUGCCUGAUUCCACUUAUAUUCAAAAAGGCAAACUAAUCCACUGUGACAAAGCAGAUGAACUGUUGCUUGUGCUAAAGGAGGUGGGAGGGACUGGAAGCCCUGAAUCUGGGACUCACAGGGUGGAAGGAGAGAACAGAGUUCUGUGAAUUGUCCUGUGACCCUGACACAUUCUAAUAAAUCCAGUACAAAUGAAUAAAUCUAACUUCAAAAUAAUUUAAAAGUGCCAAAGGCAUGCCAAUAAAGCGAUGGUACAAAUACGGUUAUUUUUAAUUUUUAAAAAUUAUUUUUAUUGUUUUACGUAUAUGGUUGUUUUGCCUGAAUGGGUGUGUGCCUUGCAUAUGCCCCAUGCCCAAGGAAGGCAAAAAACAUCAGAUUCCCUAGAACUGGGGUUACAGACAGCUGUGAACUGUGAUGUGGGUGCUGGGAGUCGAACCCACGUUCUCUAGAAGAGCAGCGUGCUCUCACACUGGCUGGUCUCUCCAGCUUUCCAAACGUGGUCCUUGAAGAGGAGGUCUUGGAGCAUUGGCUGGAAUUAGACGGAGAGUAAUCAAUAAGCUGGUGCAAAGCCAACCCUUCUUUCGUUCCUUCGGGUCCCCAGUCUGUGGUGCCACUCAGUCUGUUGACAGACAACUCACAGAUGUACCCAGAGGUUUAGCUCCUAGGUGAUUCUCAAUCCCAUCGAGUUGACAGUCAAUUUUAAUCAUAUUCACAAAUUAACAUUAAUCAAUACCAACAUCGAAAAACCAAGAAGUCCGUGAAAGAUCCUGGGAAAAGAUUCAUAAGAACCCAGCCACAGAGAGAGGAGUCUAGUCAAGAGCUGGGCUUCCCCAGGUAAGAGAGAUCCAGGCCCGGGUUGGGGAUUUAAUUCAGUGGUAGAGCACUUGCCUCGCAAGCACAAGGCCCUGGGUUCGGUUCUCAGCUCUGGGGGAAAAAAAAGGAGAGAUCCAGGCCACUUCCAUGUUUUUAUUUCCUAUUAAGGGAAAAAGAAGACGUAAAAAGCCACAAGAAUAAAACAAUAGCAAACCAUCAAAGCUGUGUUACGUAUGGACAGCAUACCAUAUGCUGUAACAAAGUUAAGAGAAAACAAAACAAACAAAAAACCCCUGAGCCCAAUGCCACUGUGAUGGUCAUAGGUACCCAUUUAAUUAACCUCUGAAGUGGCUUUAAGCCAUCAGAACACAGGCACCUGCAACAUCCUUAACCUUCUCUUUAGCUCUUCUGCCAAAGACUUUGGCCUCAAGAUGACAGCUUGCUUAGGGAGCUUCCCUUUCCCCAGAACUUCAUAGUAGCCCGGUCAAACAACAUCAAUGAUGGGAGCAGGCUUGUUUUUCUCUGCAUUGACCCAUGUCUGUUCGCUGACCAACGGCCAUAAUUUAUCCAGGUUGACAGUUGGGCAGAAGCUCUGGUUCCUCUCCAAGUGGUAAUCCCUCAUGCUAACUUUCCCGAAGUAGCCUGGAUGGUAUUAGUCAAAGUUGAUCCUGUGGUGAUGCAUAACUCCAGCAUCCCUGCGGCCUCCUGUGUGCUCACCGUGCUUAGCGAUGCGACCAUGGCCAUGGCUCACGUGACCCCGAGGUUCCGGGUCUUCCUCAGUCUGGAUGGCAUGGCGGUGGCAGAAAAGAAAGAGUCCCCCCUUUCUAAUCUUAAUCCACAGUAUACUGUAGCCAGUGCUGUGGUGGUGGGAAACUCUCAAGUCAUCAAAGCUCCCUCCGACAAAAUGACAGGAGUUCCGGAAUGAGGCGGGUCUGAAUGACCACCCCCCUCUCUCUGGUAGUGAACAUACAUUCUGUUGGUCACAGACACUAGACCUGAAUCCUGAAGUGGCCCCGGAGAAGCUCUGUUUCCUUAGGCAAGCUGCCCGGCUCUAAUGAUUUGGGGCAGGGUUGGGUCAGUGACUUUCUGACAGCUGAAUAGAAUGUUCAUGUGGCUAGAGCCAGGAUUCUUCUGUGGGUUCAAGGAGCUCCCUAAAAAAGAGUUCGACGCUCUUCCCUGCUCCCUGCCCCAUAGAGGCACACUUUCCUCCUCAAAAGUCUCUAAAAGUCCAGCCUCUGUCCUCCAGGAUAACCCUGGCCAGAGAGCUUCUGGACAGAGGAGGGGCGGGGCGGGGCCAGGCGCAGACCCCGCCCACCCUCAGACAUAAGGCUGGAGCGGGGGCUCAGGACACAGCAUAGACUCUAGGCAUCAAGUCCUGUUCUCCACGCUGUCCCUGGUCAUCGCCAGAGUCAUGAAGAUGCACUUCUGCAUCCCGGUGUCCCAGCAGCAGCCAGACACGCUGGGGGGCCGCUACGUGGUGCGUCUGGGGCCCAGUGUCGGCUGGGUGGGGAGGGGCUCGGUGACCCUGUGGUCCCCCUCUCCAAUCCCCCCCUCCCCUCCGUCCUCGCCUUCAAUAGAUAACCGGGACGGAUGUCUGUGCUUUCAGUUGUACUCCGUGUACCUGGACGGGUUCCUCUUCUGUAAAGUACGCUACAGCCAGCUGCACCGCUGGGAUGAACAGCUGAGACGGGUGUUUGGGAACUGCCUGCCCCCUUUCCCUCCGAAGUACUAUCUGGCAAUGACUACCACGAUGGUGGAGGAGAGGAGGGGCCAGCUGGAAUGCUACCUGCAAAAUGUAACUGCGGAUCCCCGUGUGACAAGGAGUGACGUCUUCACUGAGUUUUUAACACUGGUGCAGCUGCAAACACUGAACAUCACCACCAAGAACGUUGUGCUGGCUGUCUUUCUGCCUGACGGAAGGAGCAUUAACGUGGGAAGUCUAACAUCAGAUACUGCUGAAAGGGUCCUCGAGGUGGUGGCACACAAACUUGGACUGCAUCCAGAGCUGGUGGGCUACUUCGGCCUUUUUCUCAUCCAGUGUUUCCCGGAGGGCAAGCUCUCUGUGGUGAAGAAGCUGGCUGAUUUUGAGCUGCCUUACACUAGUCUUCAGAGUUCUGAAGUGGAAAACUGUAAAAUCGGACUCAGAAAGUGGUACCUGGACCCGGCAAUGGACUCCGUGUUGAUGGACUGCAGAGCAGCUGGGGACUUGCUGUACAUGCAGGCAGUGCAGGACGUUGAAAUAGAAUGGAUGAAACCCACACAGGCUCAGAGGGAAGAAUUAAAAGCGCUCCAGAAGCAAGAGAAUCAAACAAAGUUUUUGGAGCUGUCACAGAAGGUCCAGCACUAUGGGAACAUUCAGCUGGAUCCCUGUACCUGCAACCACCCGGAACCUGGCUGUGGGGUCCUGCUUUCCUUUGGCAAUAAUGAGAUCAGCUGCCAUAUAACCCUGCCGGAUGGUCAGACCCAGGACAUUGUUUUCCAGAUGAGCAGAGUGAGGUGUUGGCAGGUCACUUCCCUUGGAACUCUGCUGGAUACUGAUGGGCCCCAGCGAACUCUCAACCAGAACCUAGAGCUGAGAUUUCAGUACAGUGAAGAUAGUCACCAGCAGUGGUUUGUUAUUUACAGCAAACAGGCUUUCUUCCUGAGCAGCUGCCUGAAGAAGAUGGUCUCAGAGAAGAUGGCAAAGCUCACUGAGGAGAGCCCAGAAAUGCAGAUCGAGGUUCCAGAUCAAGGCAGAAGUAAAAAGCACCCGGGCCAACCCAGCCAGCAGAAAGACUAUUUUAAUUUUCUGAGAAAAGGCAAGAUGAAGAAAUCCGAAGGUGACUAUGUAUGGGGCACUCUAACAGAAGAAGGUCUCUGAAGGAGUCUCGUCUUUACGGUGCCAGCGUGUGGGGUGGGAGAUGGCUUCCCACAAUUUAGAUAUUUCUCGACUUCUCUCUUUCUUUGACAUUGAGGUCUCCUCUGUUGAUCAAUCUACCUUCUACACUCUGUAACUCUCAGGGUUAAAACGGUGUAGGGAACAAAGCUAUAGAGUUGGCCUAAGUGGCAGGUGGCAGGUGGGCAGGUUCAAAUCAACCAACGGGAGGUUUAUUUUUUUUCCUCUAAGAGAGAUGUGUAUCUGGCUCUGUGAAGCCCUUUGUAUGUUUUGGUAUUGCAGGGAUAAAAAGCUUGCUCUAAAUUCUAGGAAUGCAUUUGGCACGGAAGUAGAUUUACCAGCUCAGGGAAAUAUGGCUUCUUUGACCUAUUCAGAGAGCAAAAAGAGGGGUUGGGGAUUUAGCUCAGUGGUAGAGCACUUGCCUAGCAAGCGAAAGGCUCUGGGUUCAGUCCUCGGCGGGGGGUGGGGGGGGUGGGGGGGUGUGUGUGUCUUACAGAGAGCAAAAAGAGGUUGUAAAAUUCUGGUCCACAUCCUCACUUACUCCUUAGUCUACUAACACAGAUGACCGCAAAGUACCGGCUGCCCUGGUCUAAGUCCCUCCACUGUGUGAUCCUAGUCCACUACCGGAAGAUUGGGCACUGGUCCUGGAGAAAUGGCUAAGAGCACUUGCUACUUUUGCACAGGACUAAAUUCCUGUAACCACAUGGUAACUCGAAACCAGCUGUAACUCUAGCUCCAGAGGAUCCAAGGCCCUCUCUUGGCACCCACACAUACACAUAAUAAAAAUAAAUAAAACUGAAUUCUACCCAACAAUCAUCACGACAACUUGAAUAUUUUUCUUUUGGAAAUCAAUAGCCCUGUGCUGAUAACAAGUAUAAAUCUCUUAGCUUUACAAAUGUGUAUUUUUCCCUACAAUAUUUUUCCUUAAACGGCUUCAAGUAUACCAUAGUGAUCAACAUAAUUAUGUAUAGACUUAAGAACACACUAAGUGGGGAAAUAAGUAUGAAAAAAAACUACUGUUUGCUUCUGAGCUAAUUAUGAAAUGUAUAUGAAAUCUGAUGAAUACAGAGUUUGCUCAUGAAAAUUGUGUUCACUUUUUUGAAGUGUGGAAUCUGCAGGUCCUCUAAUAUCCAUAAACAAUGCCUAUAACC